AUGAAAAAAGAUCCACUAUCUCCUUCUUCAAACACUGCUGAAUGCCCUUUAGUUCCGUGCAGAUCCCCGAAGCCACGGCAGCCUCAAAUAACAGCAGUGUCUGCUGCACAAUUAGUUCUGACAGGUGGGCCUUUCCAACAGCCUGCUGCCAGUUGCGGAGGAAUUGGACUCCCAGGAGGAAAAGGCAUGGAGUCAGGGAGGGACAGCAAAUCCUUGAGGUCUCUGGUGAUGGGCAUCUGUUCUGUGUUUACAGGCCUGCUUCCUCCAGGGCUGCAGGUAAGUGCUCACAGGGAGCUAGCCGAGCCUCUCGCUUGCCCCGUGGGGAAGAGUGUCUUAUCACAAUCAGAGAGGAAUGUUGCUGUCAGGCAGGUUUUUCUACAUCUCCUUCUGAUCUCUUUUGGCAGGUCUGUGUGCAAUCGAGAGCUCUUGACCUCGUGCUGAGUUCUAGCCUGUCACAAAACAUGCGCUUCCACAACAUGAACUUGAUUAUAAGAAGAAGAAAGGUGAGGUCUCCAGUUUUCUCCUUCAACUAACUGGAGCAGUCAGUAACAGUAGCCUUAAAGGGUCCGAAGGCAUGGUUCACUACCCCCAAAUGCAAGCUGUCCAUUAUCAGUGGCAGACUUUGGGCUUUGAAAUUUCAGUGGCACCCUGGGCAACACCAAAACCGGCAACCCCCCUGCUCCUCACCUUCCAUUGUUUGUCAUGGGUGCAGUGCAAUUGCAGUUUAGUGCCCAGUGCGGGCAAAUUGGUUGCACCCCUCUAAAUCCGCCUCUGCUAUGAUCAUGCAUAUGUUGGGUGGUUAUAUUAUGUACACGGUGUAGCCAGUUUCAAGGUAGCUGAACUCACAUAUUCCAUUAAUGUAGCUACAGUGGUACCUCGAGUUAAGUACUUAAUUCGUUCUGGAGGUCCGUUCUUAACCUGAAACUGUUCUUAACCUGAAGCACCACUUUAGCUAAUGGGGCCUUCCACUGCUGCCAGAGCACAAUUUCUGUUCUCAUCUUGAAGCAAAGUUAUUAACCUGAGGUACUAUUUCUGGGUUAGUGGAGUCUGUAACCUGAAGCGUAUGUAACCCGAGGUACCACUGUACUUUGAAUGUGGAUGUGCAUGAAUGGCACAGGAGUUUCACAAAGAACGGCCACAAGCAUAACAGGAGGACUUCAGUGCUGCGAUCUUCUGAUUCAGUGCAAGCAUUUUGCCCAGCCAUUUAGAACAACCCCCCUCUCCUCCUCCCCACUAUCCUGGGGUUUCUCCCGUAGCCAAUUUUGGGUGCGUGUUGGGAGAAAACUCCAUUGCACAAGCUCCUUGUGUAGUGCUUCUGAGGACUAAUUAGUUGAAGCUACCCUAUGACAACACUAGUAUGUGGCAGCUCAAGUCCAUCCAGUAGACAGGCUGAAUACGGACAACUAUUUCAUUGUUUUGUGUUCAGGAAAGAGAGGAGAGGCAGUUCUAGACCAACAGCAAAUGAUGUGGAUUUGUUGGCCCCACCCCUACUUGAUACCCUCCUCAUUAUUCUCACAGUAGAGUGGAAGCCUAUGUAGCUACAAUGUUUUCCUUUAAAUAUGCCCUUGCUUUCUUUAGGACCAUGGCCUUGCUCCAUCAUUCUCCAACAAAAUUCUGCCUCCUCCUCCUCUUAUGCUUGUGGGUUCAUCCUUCAGCCAAGCCUGUUUUCUGGUGGUCUUUUUCAUGCCUAAAUGACACCACCAUCUACAAAAUGGCCUGGCAGACAGCCUGGUCUAUCCUCCUACCUUCCACAUAGUUGGAACUUUUCAGCUCACUAUCUCCUACUUUUGCAUUCUGGUCUGGCAUUUAUGUGGCAAAAAUACAUGGAGGAAAUGUAGCAGCUUCUCCCAUCCUUUCUUCUCAUCUCUCUCCAGUUAUCAAGACAUACACAGUAUUUGAUAAAAAGGAACCUACCAUGUCUUGUUACUUUUUCUCAGUUAAGAUACAGUUUGAACAGGAACAGUUUAUGUUCCUGUUUGUUUAUAUGUUGCUUUUUGGUUGAAGGCCCUCAGUAAUACGAUGCCUUGAUUAGGUGCAAUUAACUUUUUUAAAAAAGCAUUGAGCCAGUUUUUUUUAGUUUUGCAGAAAUCAGGCUUAAGAUACAUGGGAAAAUAUGCUUUUGGUAACUUAGAGAACAGAGGGUGGUUUGCUAUAUGAGGCAAGAAAUAAUUCUAGGAACCAGGUCCAGUGUGAAAAAUAAGACCACGGAAGAAUGUAACUUCAAGCAGGAGUUCUCAGCAAAUCAAAACUCUGGCUGUGAGCCGCUUGACGGACUCUGAAAAAUACAGGAAGUAUAUUUGCAACCACUGGAUUGGAAAGACAGAUGUUUCUCUUAUUCCUUCCUGCUUGUGCCUAGCUGUUGUCAGUUCAGCUAAUAAACUGUGCCUCUGAGUGUAGCUGGGAGGGUAGUCAGUGGGAAUACUACAAUAAUGCAGCUUGUACUACUAGAUAUCUAUCCUUUGUCCCUCUUAUUUACGGUAACAUGGGGGUGGGGAUAGGAUUUAAAACCAAAUUGAACCAAGCCACAUUAGUAAUAAAUUUGUGCAGCUAUUCUGAUUCCAAAAUGGAUUAUUUGUUUGAACAGAAGAGAGAAUAAUUACUAGAAACAUAGCUUAGUGUAUAUGAAGUCUGCCCAAGAAGCAGAAUUGCCACAAAAAAAAGGUGUCACAGCAACCUAAUUUCUGGGAGAAAGACAGCCAGGUUACUAAGGCCCGUAGCCUAGAUUGUCACCAUGCAGUACGUUAACCUCCAUUCAAGGUGACUUUAACAUACAUCUCUGUGUGAUGGUUGCAUGAGGCGCAGCUGGUUAUCAGUGCUGUCCUUCAGCUAUCAGUGUAACCUAUGACUCCAAAGGGCAGGGAAGGAUAAUUACGUGUCAGUCUACACUAUUUAAAAAUAAAACCAGCAGUUCAUGGACAGAAACACUGUAUUGAUUCCAGGAUGCUGCAUUUGUUCUGUGUCCAUGGAGUCAAUUAAAGUGCUACUGUAUAGUUCAAAGGUGCUGGUUGUUAAUGCCAAUCAGCUGGCUGGAGCAGGCAGCAAGCCCUGUUUUUGUCCACUUGCAGCCAUGGUUUGGAGUCAAACCAUACCUGUAAACAGACAUUUCCCCCCUUGCAGACUGGCAGAGCUGGUGAAUGUGGGCAAGGCUCCUCUGUGAAAUCUGGACUUCUGAAUGCCCCCAGGGAUCCCAGGUGUGUGGAGGGCUAUAUCUGUGUACAACUACACCACACAGAGGUGAUAACUGUGGGGCCAUGGCUAGGGGGACACAGCAAUGUUGGGAUUAAAAGCAGCAAACAUAGUCCUGUUUUUCCAUGUUUAGUGAAUGCAUGUCAGCCAAAUGAGUGAACAACCCUUAAUUCUUUGGGGCAAGCAGUUACUAGAAAUACGUUUUUAUUUGCAUAUUAGGAGCUGUACAGUACAAGAACAAAAUAAUCAAGAGGGCAUCUGGCCAACAUCCUUUAGGACCUUUUACAGUUAUGGAGUAACAACUCUGAGAACAAACACAUUGUAUGAAUGACUUUGAGGAAGGACUGAUUUGCUGAUAAGAAUAGCAACUGAGAUGCCAAGCUAAGUCUUGUCCGCACUUGUCCUGCUGCUCUGUACCCCUAAAUCAGAGCAAACAUCAACUGGGUUUUCCAUGGAUUGAUGUUUGCUCCAAUUCAGCAAUAAAGAGCGUUUCCCCAGGGAAAGUGAUGUGGCAAAAGGAAAAUCAUCAGACCUUUGCCUAGAAAGCACAGGACAAGCAGAAUACCUCUCAGACCUCUGCUUUCCAGACAUGGGACAAGUGAAGUAUGGAUGAACUCUUAGGGUCACUGAUGAACUGUUCUGAUAGCUAAGCCACUCAUCCAACAUGUUUACAUAUGUAUUCCAUCAUGAGAUGGUCCCAAGUCUGGGAAAACGUCUAUGAACCAUGUGGCUCUAAUUUACUAAAAUCGCUACAGAAUUCCAGAACAUUCCAGGAAGUUCCUUCUGCAGAUUCUAACAAUUCUUCCUGUCCUAGAAUGACUCUGCACAUAAACACUCCAUGGAAAUGGGAGUCACAUAAAGAAAGCCACAUUGGAACCAAGCUUUUUACCAACCCCCAGUGACCACUUUUUGCACAAUUUAUUCUCUCAAGGACCCAUUUGUGUCUCCCCACUGAGAAAUCAGUUAGCCAUAGAGUUGAAUGGUGGGGAGACAAGCUCCUGCUUAAUACUGUGUAGUACCCAAAACCUGAUACACAGCAUAAACAAUGAAGUAUUUGGGAACAGUGACUGCUGUGCUGUCAAACUGAACAUACAUGUGAGUGUUAAGUCACAUGGAAGGCCCAAAGAGAUCACAUUAAACUUCAAAAGAGUAAACUUCUCAAAGAUAAGAGGCAUGGUUAAAAGGAAGUUGAAAGAGAGAGUCAAGAAGGUCAUGCCUCUUCAGGAUGCUUGGAGAUUAUUUGAAAGCACAACAAUAGAAGCACAAAUAGAAUCUAUACCUCAGAUUAGGAAGGGUAUAGACAGAUGCCCAAGAGGACGCUGGUGUGGUUCACAAACUCAGACAGGGAAAGGCAAUAUUUCCAUUUAAAAGCUCUUCUCAAAUCAGGAAAAUAUGAAAAGCACAAAUUCUGCAAAAUGUGAGUCAAUAAUAAGGCAGAUAGGUAUGUUGGGAUUUUGCCUACGUGCUUUGAUCCAGCUUUCUCACAGAAGCAAUUAGUGAGUUGGCCGAGGAUACAACUCUGCUAUUGGUCUAGGUUACCCAUAUAGGCAGGAUGACUCAUGACUUCUGUGUGGUUGGUCGGUCUAUUUGGAGUUAGCUGAAGUUGAGUUCAGUGAGAGAGAGUUAAGAUCCAUGUCUUUAUCCUGUGUAUAGUAACUUGUGAGUCUGCUGUAAAUAAUAAACCUCUAAGUAACCAAGUUACUAGCGGGCAGCGUUUUGUUCUUGGUCAUCAUGUCAGCUUGCAACCAGAUACUUCCAGAAAGUCUGUGAAUACUCUGCAAUAUUCAACAAGGUAUGGCUUUGAGGACCAUAUUAUUAGAAACCUUAAGACACACAAUAAAAACACAUUUAAGCAAAGGAAUCAGCUCAGGAGGUUAUUGGACAAAGGCGAGAAAUGAUCAUGGAAGAAACAGAAAUUGCAGAGAAGCUGAACCAAUUGCUUGUGUCAGUCUUCACAGCAGAAGAUAAUAAACAGAUAUCCAUACCUGAACCAUUUGUUUUUUAGAGGGUGCCAGAAUUAUCAAGUCAAACAGAACUGACACAUAGGCAAUUUGAAAAAUACAAAACUAACAAGUUUUGAAAAUAUAUGUACCUGGGAGUUUAAUUUAACAAUUUAAAUUGUUGACAUUGAAUAAAAAUAUGCAUCACUGAAGUUAGCAUCUGAACUGUAGGAUUGGGAAGGAAGCUAAUGCAAACCAAUCUUUACAGAGAGGACAGUUCUAGCCUUGCCUAGAGAUGCUACGUACAGUAGUACCUCGGGUUACAGACGCUUCAGGUUACAGACUCCGCUAACCCAGAAAUAGUGCUUCAGGUUAAGAACUUUGCUUCAGGAUGAGAACAGAAAUCGUGCUCCGGCGGCGCGGCAGCAGCAGGAGGCCCCAUUAGCUAAAGUGGUGCUUCAGGUUAAGAACAGUUUCAGGUUAAGUACGGACCUCCGGAACGAAUUAAGUACUUAACCCGAGGUACCACUGUAUUGAUCUUGGGAUGCUCUACUCCUGAGCCUACUGGCCUUCCCAAGGGCCAGCAUCAACAGUAGGCAUUGCUGGACAUCUGCUGAAGCCCAUGUCCCUGAAGGGGGCCCACUGCCAUUAUCUAGUUGCACACCUUCUUGGGAGUGAAGGCUCCUCAGUUCCAUUAGCCACAACUCAGUGCAUAGACUUGGGCUGCGCGUCUAUGAGGAGCAGGAUAGGGGCCUCCAAGCAGAGGAAUAAGGCAGGCAAAGAGCAAACCCCAUCUUAGGGCAAUUGGAGAAGAACACAAAUGUGCUGUUUUAGUUAAUUAAUUGCAUCUAUUUUUAAUCUAAUCUAUAUCUCAGCUGUGAUCAAGUCACUAAAAGGCUGUUUGAUGGGUGUUUCUUUCACUGGUUAAAGUAGCUGUGCAGAAUCCAGCCCUGGAAAUACCAGCUUAUAGGUAUCUUUAAGCAAAUGGCUACAAAACGAUGAUUUGAAUGACCUGGAAGGUGCAAUGCAGAUGCUUUGGGUCUGGGACUCAAAUGUUUGAGUGGCUGUGACAACACCUGUACCGACUGCACUGGUUAUGCAAGCAGCCCCAACAUGAACAUUGGCAGCAUGCGGGCCUCGGAGGAGGUUUGUAAAACAAGCGUGGCCUUUUUGCGUCAGGAGCCCUGGACAGCCGUCGGAACCAGAUGGAACUGUUUGUGACACCAGCCUACCUCCAGAGCACAUGGGAAGGCAUGUGUGAAAUUGCUAAUAUUUCACCAUCUUUGUUCUUGUAACAGCAGAGUGAGGAAAGGCUUAUUGUGAUUUUUGCAGGGGUUGCGGGGAGGGCAGAGGAGGAAACUGGAUUUGCAUUAUUCUUCUGAAAGAUGGAAGCGCUAAUGGCCAGAAUAGGAAUGAGAAGAAUGUGGAAAUGAGUCACAGGUUUAUCCAUGCAUGUUUUUGUGGUACAUUAUUCGGUUUGCAUUGCAUUUGCACAGAUACCUCCCAAGCUCCAUCAUGGGAGCAAUCCAUGGGUCCCUACCUCUGUUUACAUAUUAUGUUCCCCUAAGAGGAAAGUUUACAACUUGUGGGGGGCGGGGUUAGUUCAGAAAAAGAUGAGUAAGUGGGGAUAUGAUGGUGCUGUAUAAGAUGAUGCAUGCUGUGAAGAAAAUCGAGAGAGAACAGUUUUUCUCUCACAGUGCUAGAACUUGGGAAUGCUGGCAGAUUCAGGACAGACAAGUACUUCACAUGGUGAAUUUGCUUCCACAAGAUGUAGUGGUGGCCACCAACGUGGAUAGGGGAUGAGACAAAAUCAUGGAGCAGAAGCCUAUCAACCAGUCAUGGUAGUCACUACCUCCAAGAUUAAAAUCAGCAGUGCAUUUCCAGAGUGCAUGUCCAGACUAUACUCGGCUUUCCCUUGCAUCUGUAGAAUGAAACCCAAGAGGACAUGACCUCUUCCACCCAAGGUUCCCAGUACUUUCCCUUUGUCAGUCAGUUCCUCCUGGUUGGUGAGGACCACGUCCAGGAUAGAUGAUCUCCUUGUUGCUUAUGAAGAACCAUAAAAAGGAAGUGCUUUAAAGUUACACAUCAACAGUUAGCACAUGGAUAACAGAAUGAGGUACACAAGUCACUUGGUCAUAGUCUUCCCCACUCUAGGGAGAUGUAUUCUGUUAUGAUUUAAUUUAUAGUAAUAAUGUCUAAAUCUGCAUAUAUUCAUAUAAAUUAGAAUAUGCAAAUUAUAUGCAACCCUGUUACCGCCUCUCAUUGAGCUUCCUCUCUCCCCCUUACUCCAGUUCCCAUUGCAAGUUGUUCAAACAAUUCAUUCAGUCAUCUUUAAAAAAAGACCUCAUAAUUGCACUUUGUUCUUGAAGUCUUCUUUCCCUAACACUUUUCUCCUUUGGCACUCACCACUGGAGGAAAAGCUGUGGCCAGACACUUGGCUAGGUGACUGAAGGAUAGCCAGAUUGCUCAGCUAUGUCCGGAGAUUUAACAUUGUUAGCAGAAGGAUAUAGACUCAUUAUCGGAGUGUGCUAAUUUUAGAAGGUGACUUGUCAAUGUCACACAGCACGUCCAAGGAAUCCGGCUUGAAAAGAAUUGUGCUGUAUUUUAUCUAUCUAGCCUGACAAUAGGAUUGCAUAGUGGCUGUUGGGCUGUUUGCUGAGCAUAUGGAACUUGAGCACUCACUGGCUGGUGGCCAGGCAUCCAAAAGUUAAAUUGAUGGGUAUUGCCACAAGGACUUCCAGCCUGUGCAAAUUGCACAGAAUGAGGCCUGCUUUAGUUUUGCUUUCUUUCCUGGGAGUCUUCCUCACAGAACAAAGCCAGCAGGUAUAACUUCUUCUGCUCUCCACACCCUAGGACAGUGUUGUCAACCUUUUUGGGUCUGUGGGCACACGUUUGUGAAGUAGAGAAAAUGUUGUGGGCACUGCACCCACACUGCCACUAGCCACACUCUGCAACCAAUUCUGCUAUUAAGAUCCAUUUCAAUCUGGGUUCAAGCCUGGCCACAGAACUGAAUUGGCCUGGAUAGCUCUGGCCUUUGCAAAGAGCAGGACAGGGGGAGUGCAACCUUGCUCCUGCUUCCUGAUCUCUUGUUGGCUUUUGAAACCCUUGACCAUGGUAUUCUCCUGGACUGGCAUGGUUGUUUAGUCGUUUAGUUUUGUCCGACUCUUUGUGACCCCAUGGACCAGAGCACGCCAGGCACUCCUGUCUUUCACUGCCUCCCGCAGUUUGGCCAGACUCAUGUUUGUAGCUUUGAGAACACUGUCCAACCAUCUCGUCUUCUGUCGUCCCCUUCUCCUUGUGCCCUCCAUCUUUCCCAACACCAGGGUCUUUUCCAGGGAGUCUUCUCUUCUCAUGAGGUGGCCAAAGUAUUGGAGCCUCAGCUUCAGGAUCUGUUCUUCCUGCGAGCACUCAGGGCUAAUUUGGGGACACUAUUACAGUGGUUCUGCUCCUAUCUUUGUGACAGAGUCCAGGGAGUAGCUCUGAGAAAGGCCCCUGACGGCUACAUUAUAGGCUGCUGAAGGGGACUAUUUUAUCUCCAGUGCAAUUUAAUAUCUACAUGAAGCAGUUGAGAGUGGUCAUUUGGCAUUUCAAAGCAAGAUGCCAACAGUCUACUGAUGACACUCAGCUCUAUUUCUCCAUAACAUCUGAAUCAGGAGAGGCCUUGCAAUCUCUGAGCCAUUGCCUGGGCACAAUGGUGAUAUGGAUGAGGAAAAGCAAGCUGAGCUUGAAUCCUGGCACUGUGGGUGAGGAGUUCCCAUGUCUUAGAGACUGGUCAGCUGCCUACCCUGGAUGGGGUUGCACUCCUCCUGAAGGAGCUGCUUCUGGAUCCAGCUGUGACUGGAGGCUCAGGUAGUCUCUGUGGCUAGAAGUACCUUUGACCAACUGUGGCUGGUUCCAUAACUACAGCCAUUUCUGGACCAGGAAAGCCUUGCCACAGUAGUUCAUGCAUUGGUUACUGGCAUCGAAGGGCUGUGUCAGAUCAGUAUCAUAGCAUGCAUGUUUGUACAGGUUUCCUCUAUUGCAAAUAUUAAUAUUGCACAGCUUGAAGCAACUGGAUACAUCAUGGUGGCACAAGGCGCAUGAGAACCACAUGGGGCCAAGUUGGCACUGCUGAAAUAACUUACAGUCAGAGCGCGUUAUGUUAGCGCGCUCUCUCUCUCUCAACAAGCAUUCCAGACCCAAGGAGAGGCAUGUUACUCCCACUAAUGCCCGAGAACAAAGACUAAAGGCAAUCCCCUUUCAAAAUGGAGCUUUGCAACCGAUUACCUUUGUUAAAUGAUCAAAGGUAAACAUUCAAUAUUAGAGCAGAGAACAACAACAGUUAAUUAUCAACCCACCUAGGAGCUUAGAGUCCUUUAGUAUGCUGACAUGGAAAAACCCUAAAUGUUAGCAAUACACAGAGAGAGAGCUUUAUUGCGGUCCAUAGACCUAAAAUACACAGUACAAUAAUCAACAGUUAUUAAGGUGUAAGAUCGCUUCUCAGCCUUUUGGCUAAGAUCAAGUGUCGUUGGCAAUACACAUUUAGCCAUUCUCCAUUUCAGUGUCAAUUAAAGAGUUAUACUUAACAGUAAUCCCUUUUUCCCACUGUGUUCCUGAUCAGAACUGCUGUUUGCAUCGAGAGAAAAGCUCCCAUCAGCUCUGAGAUCUUCCACAAUUAAAUGGAAAAGGGUAUUUGGCAUUUUCCAUGUGGCUAUUGUAGUGUUUGCUCAAACCAUAUGAAGUCAAAAUUCUAUUGGCCAAUCCAAUAGACAACCGAUAAUACUGCAUUUAAAAAAUGGUUAAUAUGGUAUGAAGGGAAUUGUCUUAUGCCGUUAAAAGUCCUAGUAAAUUGAUUUAUGUCAGAAUGACUACAAGGGCUGCUGAGAUAAAAUCUGCAAACACAAAAGAUUAAUUAUAGACAGCAGAUUGCAAGGUCCCUUGGUGAAUCAUUUUUGCGAUUUGGAGCACAGCAAGAAGGGCCUGAAAUUUUGGACUCUAGAGGAGUCCAACUUAAAGCCCUUUCUCCACAAUGCCAGAGCCCCAAUCAGAAUCAAUGCUCCUUGUCUUUAACUUUCCUUCUAAAAAGCCAUUCUUGUAAUUGCUAAUUAAGGUAAAAAAGGUAAAGGACCCCUGGAUGGUUAAGUCCAGUCAAAGCAUGAAUUGCAUUUUGGGUAGUGUUGGGCUCUUUCCUCCCUCUGUAGUUCAGAUUCCCUGUAUGGAAUGUUAUCACUUUGGGGCCUAGUGCUCUCUUUCCACAUACUUUAUUGGUCUAAAAUUGUAACUUGUCAUCCUUCCCCCUCCCAAAUCGUGCCCUUCAACUCCAUUCCUUAUUCUCACAGUUCCACAAGUUAGAAUUUUGGAAAUGCAAGUUGUUCUGCCAAGGGCAGGGUUCUUUCUGGAUCUGGAGCCAAUAAGCACACCAGUGGAUGAAGAAUAAGUAAUGCUUUAUUUGCAUAAGGUUAACAGAUAAACCACAGAGCCUAGGGCUUGCCGAUCAGAAGGUCGGCGGUUCGAAUCCCCAUGACAGGGUAAGCUCCUGUUGCUCGGUCCCUGCUCCUGCCAACCUAACAGUUCAAAAGCAUGUCAAAGUGCAAGUAGAUAAAUAGGUACCGCUCCAGCGGGAAGGUAAACGGCAUUUCCGUGUGCUGCUCUGGUUCGCCAGAAGUGGCUUAGUCAUGCUGGCCACAUGACCCGGAAGCUGUUUGCGGACAAACGCCGGCUCCCUCGGCCUAUAGAGCGAGAUGAGCGCCACAACCCUAGAGUCAUCCGCGACUGGACUUAAUGGUCAGGGGUACCUUUACCUUUAACAGAUAGCAGCAGGCAUACAAAACACAAAUUAUAGCAUACCACACAGAAAUCACACACAAUCUCCCCUUCAGCUGCCCGAAGCUCCAGGUAGAGCAGCGAGAGAGACCCCGGCCACCAGUCUCACAGCAUCUGGUACCUCAACCUGUGAAGAAGCUCUCUGAGCCCCUUCAACCUACAACUUUUAUAGCCAACUUUGAUUGACUUGAUUGACUGUACCUGGUUAGCAGGCAUCACUCAUUAUCAGCCCAGGACACCGGGAGUGACUCAACAGGAAUGCGGAGCAGCUGAGAGUCUCCAACCCAAUUCACUGCAACUGGGUAUCCUCCCCACUAGCCAAUCAGCACUUAGAACAGGAGACCCAGGAAACUCCUGACACAGGUGCGUGGAAAAUAAGUUAUAUCAGCAUGAACUGGCAAACUUUAAACCAGGGAUGUAAAAGGAAAGAGACACGUCAUCUAACUCCUCGAAAUUACAAUGGUUUUCUGCGUUUCCCCUACACAAGUAUAUAGUGGAUCACCCUCAGCUACUUGCUUGCCGGCACCAUCCAAAAGAAGCCUAAAAGCCUCAAUAAUAUUUUUGCAUCAAUUUACCUUGGCAAGUCUUUAAUUGCCUAAGUUCCCGAGGUCUUUUAAAGAAAGGUGUUAGGAUGGCUAUCUGCCAAUCUCCUGGGAAGGAAUCUGAUUUACAUAUUCACACCUUAUAUUUAAAAGUUCAACAAUUUAGCAUUUUAGAUCUUUUUAGAACUCUUGGGUAAAUGCCAUUCAGCCAUCGUAGCUUACUUUCCCUGUGUCAGUUACUUCUAAUAUUUUGGCCUUUGUCACCUUUGUUUGACCUAGUUAUUCAGAAUCACUUGGUGGGCAGGGGAGAAUGGUUCAGGAGUCGAUCUCUCUACUAUAAUACCUUCUGAAGCAAAAAAAAAUUCAUUCAGCAAUUUCCCUGUGAUCCUUCUGUGCUCCUUUAACACUGCUCCUUCUCUGGCUGGGUUGCAGCUUCGGAUAUAUUAAAAGCCCUUAAUUAAAGCUUCCUUUCAAUAAACCGAAUGUGGGACAAGGCUUUGUUCUAUGACCAGGUUUCUGUCUCCUUAGCUUGGACUUAGUGUAGCACUUGGCAGAUUUUAGACACUGGAUUUAAUGGGCUCAUGAAAGGGGUGGGGCAUGAGCCCAUUAAGUCCAGAGUCUAAAGUUAAAAAAGAUUAAGAACCUCUGGAUGGUUAAGUCCAGUCAAAGGCGACUAUGGGGUUCUGGCACUCAUCUCACUUUCAGGCCAAGGGAAUCGGCAUUUGUCCACGGACAGCUUUCCGGGUCAUGUGGCCAGCAGGACUAAACCGCUUCUGGCGCAAUGAAACACCAUGACUAAAACCAGAGCGCACGGAAACACCGUUUACCUUCCUGCCGCAGCAGUGCCUAUUUAUCUACUUUGCACUAGCGUGUUUUCAAACUGCUGGGUUGGCAGGAGCUGGGACACAGCAACAGGAGCUCACUCUGUCGUGAGGAUUCAAACUGCCGACUUUCCAGUUUCAAGCCCAAGAGGCUCAGUGGUUUAGACCACAGUGCCACCCACAUCCAGAGUCUAAAAUCCAGGUCCAGAGUCUAAAAUCUGCCAUGUGACAGUGGCCAUGCAUUGGGCGGGGGGAGGGGAGAGAUGUGUGAAGCGCCUCAUAGGUUCCCUGUAUAAAUUGUUGUUGUUGCUGCUUGUUAUUGUUAACUGAAUUUAUAUACUGCCCUAUACCUGCAGGUUCACAGGAUAAAAGGAUCCCUAUAAUGAUCCCUACACCCUGUUGUGGAAUGCAUGGCCAUCAUGGUGUGUGGCCAGCAGGUGUGUUAACAUCAGGUGUUGGAGGCAGAGCUAGGAAGUGCAGUCUUUGUGCCGGAAGAGUGAAGCAGCAGUAAUGAGAUCUUAAGGAGGCUUCAUGGAUAUCCAGACCAUGACAUGCUGUAAGCAAGAUCAGAGCCAAUAUGCUUCCCAAAAAUAUGUUGAUAUGCACCUGCGCUUCAGAUUAUACACUUCAGUAUAUAUAUCUCUAUAUCUAUUUAUAAUUGAAGAAAUGCCAGUGUUUCUGGAUGGAACUCACUAUAUACGUUGUGGAUUUUUAUUUUAUUUUUAUGGACUGCUUUGAAGCUUACCCCCACCCCCCCUGCAAUUGAAACUCGGCAAAUCAAAGGCAAUUCAUCCUCGGAACCAGUGAUUGACUCAAGCCAAACAAUGCUUUCUGAUUUAUCAUAAUUGAAAAGAUUGCAAGACAGGAAUAGGAUUGGGCUGCAACUCAGAGAGUGCAAAUGCUUUAUGACGAGUAUCAUUACAUUUGUAUGCUCUAUCAAUUCUGCAUUAUGGGGUUUAUUUGCUUUUUUAAUAUAUAAUUUUAUAUUAAGUGAAUUUAAUGCUUGGAAAUGACCAGCAGUUCUGGAAGUAGAAGUUUAAUCUACUCACUGCAAAAACAGAAAAGCCUUUCUAGGGCUGAGAUUCUAAUUCUGCAUGGCUAACAUGCCUCAUCCCUGAUCAGUUUAGGAUAUUGUAUUGCAUUUACUACAGGCAAUCAGCUCAAGUGCUCAGGACAGAUUCUAUUUCGUUUCCAAAAUACUCUGUAAAUGAAAAAAUGGAAUUUAAAAUGCAUGCAAGUUACAUUGCUAGCCAAGUCACUUUACAGUAUGGAAAUAUGUGAUUUAACUAUAUUUUCUUUUCUGAAUCGCAUGCAUUUUGCUCUCUGACUUACCCGUUUACUAAAUGUCUUCAGUAUGUGAGCCACCCCCAAUCUCUGCCCAGUGGUUGCAGGAUUCCAGGGGGUUUCAGGCACUUACCUAGAGUCGUGCUUGCAUUUAAAAUUCAGGCACAUCAGAGACUGUGGUGUUUAAAGAUAUAUGGUUUAUUUUACACUUGUAUACACCUGGGUCUAGGUGGAGGAAGAGAGUUCACAGCAUUAUAUAUCCAGAGAGACUUGUUCCCCACAGCAGCGCAGCACUGAAGCCCAAGGCAUCCUGCACACCAUCUCUGUGCCUCUGUCCCAGCCUGUCAAGAUGGUUCUGCCCUGCAUGGCCUCUGCCUGGAGUUCUGGCACCUCCUUUCCCCUUCCCAAUAAUCUUUGCUAAGCGGGCCCUCCGUGUUCUCCAAACCUUUCUGUUUUUAAAGGGACACAUUUACCCUGUUACAUCACACACCUUCGCCUUGGCAGGCUCCCAAAUCUCCUGUCUGUGUCCACUCCUUGGAGCAGGGGGGAAGGACAGCUGUUUGCAUCAGCAAUUGCACUUAAUAGCCCAAUACCUGACUCCCCAUUGUUCCUUAAUGGCUCUGCAGUUAGCUAGCCCAGCCAUAUGGGUUUGCAUAAGCUAACCCAGAAAUUUCUUGUCUGGAAUGAUCUUAAUUAUUUAUUAGUAAUUUUUACCAUUCACUAUCAGCCUCUGGUACCCUAGAUCUAUGGCAAUAUAUUUGAGCAUCAGGAGCAUUUUGAUGACUCUUGCAUUCCCACCAAACUCCAGAAAUUAAGGAAGAGCCAAGUAGUGUGCAAUUGAAGCUAAUACACUCAUCAACACCCAGAGCUCAUUAGUCUCAUGGUAUUGCACAGUUGGAGGGAGAGAGUAAGAUAAAUAAAAUAACCCUGAGACCAAAGAGGAAGAGGAAGCCUUCCCACAAAGAAUUCUGUAACUGGAGUUUACCCCUCACAAAGCUACAAUUUCCAGCACCCUUAACAAACUAAGUUCCCAGAAUUAUUUGGAGGAAGUCAUGUGCUUUCAAUGUACAUUGACUAUAUGGUGUGCAUGCAGCCCAAAUCCUUUUGACAGUGUAGUAAUCUCUUGGUGUCUGAAUUGUUCAUUCUUGUCAUGUUAUUCCACAUUCAUUUCAACCAAACUUUCUAGUCACUUAUCACUUUUGCCAGGAAAGGUGAGACCUUCUUGCCACUCUGAAGAAACUGUUCUUAGGUUGGCAGCCUUAGAGAGGCUGUCUGCUGGAUUUACUGAGUCUCAACCCCACCCUGUAAUAUAUUUUAAUUAUAAAAAUGCCUCAAGCCACCCAGAUUUUACUUAUCAGACGAAACAGGGGGAAAGGAUAAAGGGCUGGGAGACUGGCCUUAGUCAUACUCUGCUCAGAUGCCAACUUAUUUUUCAAAAAUCAGAAUUGCCUUUUCUGAGUCACCCUUGUGAAUAAUUCCCUGAGUGACACCUUAGAAUAUUAUUCCUCAUAAAUCAGGCAUUCGUUAAAGUAAGGGCAAGUUUGGAUAAUUCUAUUGCAGCAUUGUUGUUGACCUUGAUUGCUAAUUUUCUUUUUUCUUUUUGCCUUGAUUGCUAUUUAGGUUUUCUUUAAAAAAAUAUUGUUGGCUUAGUGAUGAUAAAUGUUAUAUAACUGUAUUGGCUGUCUUAAAGUGUGUGUAAUCUGCCCUGAGACUGCUUUUAAAGUUGAAGGCAAACCCCACUUUUCUUUGGGCCUUUAAAGGAAACUCUCUCUCUCCCCCCGAACUUACAUGAGUCUUUGGAGAUUUCUCAAACUACAGGAAGAUCCAUGAAAGAAACCUGGGGGCAAUUAACAUCCUGGUACACAUCCUACAUCCCUUAGAUCUAUUUUGCAGCAAUCCAUUUACAGACUAACUUCUCAGGUGCACAGAUGGGGCACUUCUAUACUUUCACUAUUUAAUGGUGGGAUCACAUACAGGCAAAUUCAGAUGGAGCAAGUAUAGUUGAUUGGGAGUUUCUGUGCAAUAAGCCCCCUUUCCCAAAAGAAUAGAGUUUUUGCAAAAACAGAAGUGAUGGAUAAAUGCACUAGAAAGUGAGGGAUAACACUUGCACUGAUGUAAUGUCAUGUAACAACAACAACAACAACAACAACAACAACAACUUAUUUAUACCCCGCCCAUCGGGCUGGAUUUCCCCAGCCACUCCCCGCAAGCAAAACAGAAUGAAUACUCCUGAAAGAGCAAACAUUAUCUAAUCUCUCUGCAAGGAAAUCAGGAUGAAUGCUCAAUAAACAGGUUGCCUGGAAGUAUUCAAAGGUAAUGCAAAUAACAGAUGAUGAGUGUGGUUUGUGAAUCAGGUUGAAUUUCCUAGAAGAAUCUCUACUCUCUACCCCAUUGCUUCCAGCUUUACCCACCAGAAUGUUAUGUUUACUUUAGUAAAAGUAAAGGGACCCCUGACUAUUAGGACCAGUCGUGGCCGACUCUGGAGUUGCGGCGCUCAUCUCGCUUUAUUGGCCGAGGGAGCCAGCUUACAGCUUCCGGGUCAUGUGGCCAGCAUGACUAAGCUGCUACAGGCGAACCAGAGCAGCGCACAGUUUACCUUCCCACUGGAGCGGUACCUAUUUAUCUACUUGCACUUUGAUGUGCUUUCAAACUGCUAGGUUGGCAGGAGCAGAGACCGAGCAACGGGCGUUCACCCCAUCGCGGGGAUUCGAAUUGCCGACCUUCUGAUCGGCAAGUCCUAGGCUCUGUGGUUUAACCCACAGCACCACCCGUGUCCCUUCAUGUUUACUUUAGAUACCUCUUUUUAGCCGAAAGGCCAAGCAGUGAACAGCAUAUGAAGGAAAGAGAUGACAAAUGUCCAAUAAGUCCAAUAAAUACAUCUCAGCAAUAUAAAAUGGCCAAACCACAAAAUAAAAAACCACCAUUUGUGCUUCCACUUUGCACAGUCACUUAGGACUUACAAAUUCGUUUUGGCUGAAAGCGUGUUGACGCAGUGCUUUAAACAUUAUACCUGAAUUAAAGUCCAGAUCGUGUUCAGUCCUAAUUAAUUUGCUACUCAGGUUUUGGGAUUGCCAGUUACUGUACAUGACAGCUAGGAGUUGUUUGAGGAAGAGGGAGCAGUGGGGGAGCAAAUGACUUUCCAUUUUCUCAUUUUACAUUCACUAUCAGAAGCGAAAGCCUGGCCUUGCAUAUGUUGGUGUUGUGUGUAGUGUGAAAUCCGCUGAGACAUUUGUGCACCGUCAUGCUUUUCACCACUAUAUUUUACAAAUUGUGUGCUCCUGCAUAGUUAAUUGCAGGGCUGAGUACUUUCAGUACUUGUUUUCUUUUCUCCCCCAUCACCAUUCCUGGGCUGAUAGUAUUUACUUAGCAGGCAUUCAUCUAAAGAAAAACAUCACUACUUUUUAUCUAAGUCAAAGUGAGCUUUAAUAUAUAUAUAUAUAUAUAUAUAUAUAUAGAGGGGGUUAGACUCAGUGUUGUCUAUUGUUUUUGGAUCUAUGAACCAAGCUAGAUGUGAUGGCAUACCUCUUAGAGACCCUGGAGAAUCACAGUGGAUCAGUGAAGACAGCAGAGAGCUGGACCAUCUAAAUCAGUAUAGGUAAAGGUAAAGUUAAGUCCAGUUGCAGAUGACUCUGGGGUUGCGGCACUCAUCUCACUUUACAGGCCGAGGGAGCUGGCAUUUGUCCGCAGGCAGUUUUCCUGGGUCAUGUGGCCAGCAUGACUAAGCCGCUUCUGGCGCAACGGAACACUGACACCAGAGCAACACAUGGAAAUGCCAUUUAUCUUCCCACUGGAAGCGGUACCUAUUAAUCUACUUGCACUUUUUGGUGUGCUUUCGAACUGCUAGGUGGGCAGGACCUGGGACUGAACAAUGAGAGCUCACCCCUUCUUUAAAUCACCUUGCGUGUGUUGGCUUAAAGGUGGGAUAUAAAUGUGGUAAACAGAAAAGACUGUAGCUCAUGCAAAUCUGCCCAGGUUUUGAGAUCUUUGGGGGAGGGCCUUCUCUCAGUCCUGCCACCCUCAUGGGAACACUUGGCAGGGAUGUAGGAGAGGGCCACCUCAGCAGCUGAAAGUCCCUCCCUAGAGAAGUCUGACUGGCUCCCUCUUUGUCCGUCAGCCGGCAGGUGAAGACUUUCUUGUUCCAACAGGCUUUUGAGAACUGACCGCUUUUAAUGAGAGGGCUGGUGCCGUGCUGUUUUUAUUGUAAUUAUCUGUAUGGUUUUAAUAGAUUUUGUUUAUGUAUAGAGUUUUAAUUCUAUAAAUGGUUAGUUGGUUUUUUUUCUAUGUUUUUAGCAGUUCUUAUUUUUAUCUAUAAGGUAAAGGUAAAGGACCCCCAGAUGGUUAAGUCCAGCCAAAGACGACUAUAGGGUUGUGGCGCUCAUCUCACUUUCAGGCCAAGGGAGCCGGCGUUUGUCCACAGACAGCUUUCCAGGUCAUGUGGCCAGCAGGACUAAACCGCUUCUGGUGCAACGGAACACUGUGACAGAAACCAAAGUGCACAGGAGACCAUUUACCUCCCCGCCACAGCAGUACCUAUUUAUCUACUUGCACUGGCAUGCUUUCGAAUUGCUAGGUUGGCAGGAGCUGGGAAGAGCAACAGGAAUUCACCCCGUUGCAGGGAUUUGAACCACUGACCUUCUGAUCGGCAAGCCCAAGAGGCUUGGUGGUUUAGACCACAGUGCCACCCAUGUCCUUUUUAUCUGGAAGCUGCCUUGAGUCCCAUCAGGGACAAAAGGCAGAACUGCUGCUGCUGCUGCUACUACUACUACUACUACUACUACUACUACUACUCAGUGGUAGAGCAUCUACAUGCAGAAGGACCCAGGUUCCAUUCCUGGUGUGUCUAGGAAGGGCUGGGAGAGAUGCCUCCAUGUAAUCUUGGACAGGUGCUGUCAGUCAACGUAGACAAUACUGAUCUAGACAGACCAAGAGACUCACACAGUAGAGGGAAGCUUCUGUUGUUCCUAUGCUCCUAAAAACCAUAAUUUCACAGGAGCAAAACUUCCCAAGGAUCCCCACCCCUAACCUUUUCUCUUCUGCAUAUCCUGGGGUGCUUCCACAAGGGCAAAAGAAACCGAAAUCCUAUCCAGGUUCCUUUGAUCCCUGGUUAGUUGACAAUCCCAUGUGCCUUGAACAGUUGGGCUCAGCUGUAAGGCAUGAAAAGAGAAACUCAAUAUAUAAAGGUCCCAGCUGACUGGUCUGGCAAGGGGCAAAAAGGGACUAAGUGAACAUUGGAAAGGACCAUAAUAAUAGGAGCAAAUUAUUCCCAGAGUGUGAAGCUGUGGGCUUUUUCAAGGUCUGAAGAGGAUGCAGAAGUGCUGUUGGUUGACAUUAGAUGGCCUUGCCAGAAAGGGCAUCAAGCUGAAAUAAAAUAUUAACGUAUCUAACAAGCAUGUUACUAGCAGCCUGAAUUAGUUCACACAUGCAUUGUAAAACUUGAUUUCCCAUUCCUUUAUUUUUACUUUGUUUUAUGCUUGGUUGAACAGCGGCUGAAUGUGAGAACUGUGUCCGCUGAGAAGCAUUGCAUUAGAGGUGAUGCAAGACAACAUGAUGAACGUUUUAUCUCUGGUAUUUGAUCUGUGAUGGCUUUUCAUUCAAGUAAACAACCACUUGACAUGACAGACAUAAAGUGAUGAGCAUGUAGUUAUGAACUAAGCCUUUUCCACUGAUGUGUACACAUGAUUGCAGCAGUACUGCUAAACUGGCACUGAGAGUAAGCGGCCGAAAAACAGCUUCAUCUGUGUUACUGGUGGCAUGCUAAUGUUGAUGCAUUGACAUGCACACAAGUAUGCUUUAAUAUGUAUUUUUACUGUUGUAAACUGCUUGGAGAUUUCUCUCCCCGUAAGCAGUAUAGUAAUAUUUAAUAAACCAUGCAUAGUAGAAUCAUGGAAUUGGAAUCCCUUAGGAUCAUCUAGUCCAACCCCCUGCAAUGCAGGAAUAUGCAUCUGUGGGGAUCAAACCUAGUGCCAGAAAUCACCACAGAACAUCUAAAGAUAACAGCCUGUUAGUCAUGUUAUAUGUAGACAUUUAUCCUCAAAGUGAGAAUUAGCCAAAGUCGCACUACAAACUUGUGGUUGGUAGGAUUUGAAUCCUUGGCCCCCUAGAUUCAACGAGUGGUCCAAUGGACUACAUUUCUUGCUAACCAGCUUUAACUUUAAGAUUCCAUAAUACACCUUCUACUUUAAAUAUCCAAAAGACUUUUACCCGAGAAAGGAAUAAUGGGUUCUCUUAGCUAUACAAUUGAAUCUGCAGCUUCAGCCAAGGCUGGUCUAGACACAUCAAAGAAGCAUUUCAGUUAAAUGCAUUGUAAAUUUAAACAGGGAAAACAGGUAGAGAAAAACAGGACUCCAUAGCACCAUAUUGUGGCACAAUGCAAUAUUGCAUAUACAACACAUAUAAAUCACUUUUUCUUUACCAGUCUAGCUGAGCCCCAAUUCCAUUUUAAGCAGUGGCUGCUUCUUUGACUAAUGUUUUCCCUCCUGCAUUCCUCCCUCACUUCAUUGGCUUAAACAGAUGAUUCCUUUUUGCAUAAACAAACGAGUCACAAGAACAACCUGAAAAGGGGAAAAUAAUGCUACAUAUAACACUGUAUAAGUGCUAGUGUGGGCUGUACUUCAAAAGGCCAAGACCAGCUCUCAACUACACUCUGUUUAUACCCCACUCUUCUUCCAAAGGGAGCCCAGGGUGGUAAACAAACAAGCAAUAAAACAAAAGAUCUAAGAACAAUUCUAAUACAGUGGUGCCUCGCAAGACGAAAUUAAUUCGUUCCAUGAGUUUUUUCGUCUUGCGAUUUUUUUCGUCUUGCGAAGCACGGUGUCGGGAAAGUUUUGGAAAAGCUUCAAAAGUCUUCAAAAACCUCAAAAAAGGGGGGUGCUUGGGAGGGAGGGAGAGGCGGGCGCGGGGCGUGGGGGGAGGCAGGGCAGAGGUUGCUGCCUGAGCCCCCCGGGAUCAGUUCGGCUCGCCUUGCUCCGACCCUUUGCACUACAGUCGGCGCCGUCUUGCUGCUGCUGCUGCUGUCGCCGCGGUAGUCAAAACUCCUACUGGCCUAAAAGUUGUCUGGUGCAAAAUCCCUUCUGCAGCAGCAGCCCGAAAGAAUGCGCGCGCGCCAGCCAGCCAGCCGCCCGCCGGGGGCUGGUGGGUGGGUGGGAGGGUCGGCGAGGGUGGAUGCAUUUUGCCCCUGUUGCUGCUGAAGCCGGCCUGCCAGCCAGAAGCGCGCGAGCGGAGAGGGGUGCAUCCAGCCCGUUGGAGAGGAGCGCGGGGGCGCGUCCCUGGUGGCUCCCGAGCUGACCUUGCCUGGCCCGGCGCCUUCCACGCUGCCAAAGGGCGACUCACCUGCUGCCUGCGCUGCGCCGGGACUAACUCGAGCGGGUCUAGGAUUACACACACUCGCGAGCACACACACUGAGAGGCAAACUUGCCGCAGCCGUAGGCGUCGCGGGGUUGGAAGCGCCCGGGCAGGCGCUCUUGUCACCGCCGGGGCGCUGGGGGAGAAGGAAGGAGCCCCGUCCGAAGAGCCCCGGAGCCUGGCCUCCCUAACUGGGAGUUGUGGGGAGGAAGUGUGCGCGCCUUGCUAUUUUCGCCGAAACAAAGCUCCCUCUCCCUCAGAACCCGCCUUCACGCGUUCUUGCCCCUACGGAGACGCACACCGCGUGCUAUGAGUUGCUCCUCGAAGUCAAGUCGCAACUGUAUUAAUGGUUUUAAGAAAAAGGAACAAACUUGCAAGAGGUUUCCGUCUUGCGAAGCAAGCCCAUAGGGAAAAUCGUCUUGCGAAGCAACUCAAAAAUGGAAAACCCUUUCGUCUUGCGAGUUUUCCGUCUUGCGAGGCAUUCGUCUUGCGAGGCACCACUGUACAGAUGUAGACUGUGAAAAAUCCCUGCUUAAAAGGCUUGUUUAUAUCUAUCAAAUGGGCUAAUAUGUUGGGACUUUCUCUCUCCUUCCCUCUGGCUCAAGACAGACAAAUGUUACGGCUUUGUUUUGGUGGCAUUACAAGACCAUUUUUUGCUUUGCUUACCUGUAAUGAUCUGUCCUGUAUCUCCAGCUCUGAAGACUUCACAGUGGAAGUUUUCACAGCCAAAGCUGCUGUCUUCAUAGUUCCCUAAGUUUAAAAUGUGUUCUCCUUACUCAGUUUUUCACUUGUUAUGAAUUUUCUAAGAUGUGCAAGGUGGGGGGAGAAAGCAUUUUGCACUGUCCAUUAUAUAGCUAGAGAGAGAGGGGAAGUCUAAAGUGCAGUAAUUCACAUAAGUGACUAUGGAAAGUGGUGCAUUUUUACUCAAUGAUUUUAUUCCCUGGUGUGCUGAUUGCUUUUCCGACACCAAAAUAUGUAUCCUAUUACUUUUUACUAUUGUUAAAUAAGGAACUGGGUUCUAUUAUGCUCUUCUGUACCUGCAGCACAGCCAUUAACGCUAUUCUGUUUGCCAAAUGUGCAUCUCUGGUGAUGAAACUUGAGCAAGAAUGAAUACCGACAUUUUAAUGGCUGCUUCUGAUUUCAUAAAGCUGUUUUUAUAGAAAGGUACAUUGAUAAAUCUAUUUUGUGAAGUACCAAAAAAUGUAAUCCAGGCUUCUGAAAUGGAAUAGCUAUGCCCAGCUCAAGGAUUCAGCUAGACUGGUAAAGAAAAAACUAUUUAUAUGCGUUGCAUGUGCGAUAUAACAUUGUGCCACCAGAUGGUGACAUGGAGUCCCGCUUUUCUCUACCGCUUUUCCCUGUUUAAAUUUACAAUGCAUUUAACCUAAAUGCUUCUCUGAUGUGUGUAGAUCCAACCCAAGUUUCAUUUCCUGGGUUACUAUUUUGUUACUGCUCAGAACCUUGCAAACAGCUGACUUCAUCAUUUCACAGAGAGCAGGGCUUCUUGUGUUUAUUCAAGAGACAAAAGGUAGCUAAAGGCUUACAUGCUGUGUCUUCAUAUUCCACUGAUAGAACGAUAUUCAGGAACCAUGCACUAUCCAACACUUGUUGUUAAUUUCCUUCCGGUUCAUGAAGAACAUCAUGAAUUACUGCUCCCGCUGGUAGCUGGUGAUGUUCUGAAGGCCAACCUGGAAGCUCACUGCUGAGACGAGAUAUGAUUUGGAUCCAGAUCCGUUGUUGUUGGCAUACAUCUUCCCACGAGACAAUGGAGUAUGCCUCCAGAGGUGAAGUCAAACCAUUGUGUUGACAUCACUGAAGUGACCUCCAUGGAGCGCAAGCCUGAGCAGUAUGUAUGACUUACAGACAUACAGUUUAAAGUUAUUACCAUAUAUGGUAAUAGGCUGGGAACAGGAGUGUUGAAACCCAGAUAAAGAGGUACAAUUUCUAGAUACCCAAAGGACUGUGUCCUAGAACAGCUGGAGCCAAGCAGAAGUGGUGGUGCCAAAGACUCGGUGUGAGAUGCUAAGUUUCAAAUGUUAUGGAAAUUAAUGACAUCUGAGGGGGCACCACUUAACCAUCCCUGAUCUAACAUGUAUUUUGGAGAGCUAUGGUCUCAUGCUAGCUUGCAUGAAGAAUUUAAAAAUUUAUAUAUCCACAAAUGGAUAUCAGCUGUUUAGUGCAGUUCAGUUUGACUAAACAAACAAGCCCCUUCUCUCUCUCUCUCUCUCUCUCUCUCUCUCUCUCUCUCUCUCUCUCUCUCCCUCCCCCUCUCUCUCUGAGUAUCAUGUUUAGGCAUUGAUGAAGUCAUAGAAUAUAUAUAUAUAUAUUAUAUAUAUAUAAACAUUUUACGGCAUCUGGGAAAUUACUUGCAACAGUUGCCUCCAUCCGCUGAAAUAUUUAUAUUUAAACAAAGUUAGGAAUACAUAAUACAAAAUUGUCUGGGCUUAAUAUAUAAUCCUCUGUGCAUUUUUAAAAACUGCCUGGGUGAGACUGCCUCCAUUUCAAAAGGGCAAGACUGCACAGAGUGAUCCUUGCUGACAUUCCAGGCACUAGCUGCUACUCAUCCCAUAGGAAUUACUCAAUGUGUUGGCUUCUGAUACUCCCAGACAGUAUCAAAACAAGUGAGGAGAGCAUUGGCUAGGACAAACUUAAAUGUACUUUACCUUAUGUCCUAUGUGAGAGAGCUACCUCACUCAUCCUGGCCUGUCGUUCUGCUUCCUAGAUCAAAUUGUGCCCUUCAGAUAGAGCCAAUUUCAUGGCUAAGGCUGGUAAUAAGGGGAAGGGGGGGAGAAGGUAAAGCUGGUGUUAGGAGUUUGAGGCUUCAGACCCCACAAGUGGAAUUGGCAAAAGCUGAAUUCCAUGCUGUGCUUCUUUGCACAAGAAGCAGGGAAGAUCCUGGAUUUUUAGGCGAGUCAGCUUCCAGGCUGUCACCAUAUUACAGGUAGGGAUAUCCAUUUCAGUUUCACCCUCAUCUUUUCAUUUUUUCCAAUUUUAUGUUCAGUUUUUCACAUUCACGAAAAUACACCUUUGCGUGUAGUUUUGCCUAAUAUUCACAGUUUUGCAAAGUAAUCUUCCUGGAUGCAUUAUAAAUGUUAAUAUAUACUAACAUAUGCAUUUUACGGACGUUACCUUAGCAUAUACACAUAUUGCUUGGCUGGAGAAGUGCACUGCAAAAUCCAGAGGAGUCGAAGCUUCAAAGGAUGGCUCUGAUUCGGUUCACAUAUAGUUUCAGAAAGUGUAAAUUAGGAACGCCUCUAAAUGUGAUCUGAAUCAACCCCUCAAUCCCUAAUUGCAGGUGGGGUUCAAUCAAAUAUUUGUAAAUUCAGGUUGUGCAAAAAGUGAUUUUUGUGUUCUUGUACAACAAACUUGUUUCCACUCCUGCCCCUCCUCCAAACAUUUGGCAGUAAAUGAGAAAGUGCACUGGAAACGCACUGGGAUAACAGUGCAAACAAAUCAGAAUGAAUCCUCAGUUACCAGUAAACAUCAUAUACCUGCCCUGCAAACUUUGUGCAAAGAAGUCUGAAGUACAGUGGUAUCUCAGGUUAAGUACUUAAUUCGUUCCGGAGGUCCAUUCUUAACCUGAAACUGUUCUUAACCCGAAGCACCACUUUAGCUAAUGGGGCCUCCCACUGCUGCCGUGCUGCCGGAGCACGAUUUCUGUUCUCACCCUGGGUUAGCGGAGUCUGUAACCUGAAGUGUCUGUAAUCUGAAGCGUAUGUAACCCGAGGUACCACUGUAAUGCUCAACAAGCAGGUUAUCUGCAGGUAGUCCCAGUCAUAUGGUUGCCUUUUGCUGUGGACUUGCCUGUAAUGAAGUAAGAUGUAACUUCUGUGCUUCUUAUAUCAGCCUGGGGAAGUAUAAUAAGGUAAAUUCAACGCUUGCUUCUUAUUACCUUGAUUGCAUUCCCUUGUGUAAAUGCAACUAACUUCUUGGUUAAGUAAGUCUGUGUGUUGUAAUUAGGGCAAAUCUUAAUCCAUGUUAAUGUUUUUGUCCUUUGGGCCGAGUUACUGAGAAAGUGUACAAUUGUUUUUUUGGGUUAGAGAGCAGGAAGACUUGGAGACUGUAGAUUUGUCCCCACUUCCUCUUGUCUAGCAAUUUGGGUUUUUCCAGAUUGAUGUUUGCUCUGAUUUAAGAGAGGGUUUUCCCUGGGAAAGCAGUGGGGAAAGGGGGAAACUGCCUGAAUCCAUGGCAGAGAAAGUGCUGGUCAAGUGGAAAACUGCUCUGACCUAUGCUUUCCAGACAUGGGGUUAGCAGAAGUGUGAAUGAGUCCUGUGUCAAUGAUAAAACUAACAGACAAAAAGAAUGCAUCAUAUUAUAACCACAAAGACAAUUUUAUUGAGGAAGGGGGCUUGUUCAUUCCAUUUUGGAAUGAUAAAGUCAGAGAUGAAAGACCUCCUUAUAAUUUAUUCACAUUGGUUUAAUACUCUGUCGUUAUGUAACCUUCUCUCUCCUCACCUUUCCUCACUCUAGAAUAUUACUUUUGGUUUUAUUUAAGCUAUACUAUUGGAAUGUAAAAUGCGAGAUAGAAAAAAUGUUUUAAAAGAAUGAUGAGAAUCUUUCUGGGUUACAACUCAGUACUCCAGAUAGUUCUCUGGGUGGCACAGAUGCUGGUAUUAUUAUUAUUAUUAUUAUUAUUAUUAUUAUUAAUUUAUUUUAGAAUGUUUUAGGGUGAAUUCAGUCCCAGUGCUAAAGCUGGAAUAACUAGGCACCCACCUAGUGAGGGUUCUAACAUUAUAUGAACACAGCUUAGAAGGCGAGGCCAGGUCGAUUUGAAAUGCUCGACUCCAUGUGAAGCAAGUCUUACAACCCUGACAGUAAUUCCUGGCAAUCAAAACCUGAGCCCGAGAAGAAUCUAAGGGAUAUCCAGUGACCCUCAGAGAUGUGACAUAAAUAUGCUCCUGUUUACUUCUCUGCUUUCUCUUCCACAGACUCUUCUCUUCUGCUACUUUGUCGCACUUACUGGAAAAGUAAAGCUGAUGAGACUGACAGAUUUAUUUCUCUUUCAUUUAACGGAGUUGAGACAGGGUGACGUCUGCCCCAAAGCAGCUCCUAUACUUUCAGAAAGAGAAUCACUUGAAGAUCCCAAGCAUGUCCUUUUUCUUCUGGUAAUUUGUUUUUUUUAAACCCCCCCCCAUGUUAGCAAACUAUACAUGAAGUGGAACAUGGCAGAAUAUCCCCAGUGUAAGAUAAAUUGUGUUGCAAGGCUUGGGACUAAUUAUCCUCCGCAACAUCAGAGCUAGAUGGACCAGAAAAUAAAAUGGUAUCUUGUGGCUACAGAGAAAAUUUGGCAGCAGCAUUCCUCCAUACACGAUUAGAUGGGUAUCAUGCUUGCUAUUGUGGUCCAGCAUUCGCUUGCAGGGUCUCUACGGGCUACAUUUAUUUUGUGUUUGACAAGAACUCUUUGUCUUCUCUGCCGUGUGUAUGCUCUAUGUAUACAUUUGCUGGACUUUUCUCUCUGCGGCAUUUAAGCUCCCCCCACCCAUCCCCGCUGUUGACACGCAAGUGCUUUUAUCUGGGCUUGAUUAAUUAGGAAGCACGCUAGGCUUUAGCACAGUACCCACAAUGGCAGCCUAAAGAACUUUCCCAACCACCAGUCAUCAAAGUAAAAUGCUAAUUACACAAGUGCACAAUACAGUAAAGUUCUUUCAGGUGGUGUUUACUAAUAUAGAAGUGGAAGCUCUCAAGAAAUGUGCAAGUAGGUUUUCUAUGGAACGCUUAGAGGAGUAUAUCUAUGGAGCAGAGAUGCUGAUGCAGCUAUUAGGGCUUGGCCCCAGCAUUCUUUGGGAGGUCUCAAAGAGGCAAGCAUUGCAGUUCUUCAUUAGCUUGGGUAAGAUUUAAGUCAGAAGAAUUUCCAGUUUACCUACUUACUGUGGGCACUCACCUGCCUCGGCAGAUAAUGGAAAAGUUUACCUAUAGAUUACUAACUUAACAACUCCCAGAUGAGAGCUUCUCAUGCCCAUGGGAACUCACACUGGGAUCUUGAGGCUGUCAAGAGCGUCAGGGAUCCAAGCGGAUUGAAAACCUAUCACAGUCCUUGUCUUCAACAGCUGCCCACACAAAAAUUUAUUCUUCAGCCAGGAUAAAUUUUCCUUGGCCACAAAGUUGUCAUCUGGUGAAGGUGUAAAUUUUUCCUGGAUAUUAUAUUUUAAUAUUUGAUUGUCAUAAUUUCGAUGGUGGUGAAUCACUCUUUAAUACAGUGAACUGUGAAAGCAGCAUAAACCUGAUUUUAAUUAACGCGUUACUAUGCAUUUUUAUAUAUCUGGGAAGCCUGCAAAUGAACCCUAAUUGCCAACUGUGGAUAGAAGCUGGGGUUCACUUUGGAUAGGCUCAGAAACAAGGCAAUCUCUUUCUCAUUUUUUAUAUAUUUUUUUUGAGGGGUCACCUGACAUUCUAGUUGAAGGUGUGGAGAAGUCAAAGAGCCAACCUGGAUUUCACUCCUCUUCUUUGGGGGGCGGGUCGGCAGGGAAAAGCUAUAAUCCAUAUAAGGGACACAAUUGUGGCAUUUGGGCCUCAGUCUAAAUUGAAUAGUGAAUUGUGACGAAACACACAUUUUGAAUCUGAGGAAUAUUUCAUGAGUCUUUUGCAAUGAAAGCUAUUUUACUUUCAUUAUCUGUACGGCACAUUCUGCCACCCCAAGUCUGUUUCACCCAACAAUCACAUGUAGAAUUGGGUGAAGGAAGAGGAAUUGGGAUCUUUCCCACUGGACCGGCCUCUCCCUGCCUUGCAUGGAUCCUUAAGGUUGGGUAUUAAAAUAAGGGAAAAUCUUUCUUUCUUUCUUUCUUUCUUUCUUUCUUUCUUUCUUUCUUUCUUUCUUUCUUUCUUUCUCUUUGGAAAUGCAUUCUUCAAGGCAUUACACUCUGCUUAAAACCACCUAAUCUUUUAUUAAUGUACAUGGUCCUAAAAAGUAACUUCAGACUUCAGUAAGUAGAUUCAUAUGCAGUGCAGUAUUUUAACUAACUGCGGAAUGCGCUCGCAUAUCCCUGAGCAAAAGGGACAUGCUUGGGGGAGUGUGAAACGGGCCCUGUGGAGCUCAAACCGUAAUCCUCUCUCCACUCUCCCUUCGGUCUCUCCAGGCGAUGCAGCUGAGGAAGCUUGAAGAACAGCCUCGCAACAUCCGAAGAAGCCUGAACUUUCAAGUCGGCACUGCAAAAAUAUGCAGGUGGCAUUCAUAAAUUAGAAUUUUCUAAACAGGGCCCUUGGAACUUGAGCAGUCAUACAUUGCAGUCACAAAGCUGUGAAUUUUCUGAUUUUUGUCACUCUCUGAUAAGAUUAACCCCGCCGUCCCCCCCCCUUGCACACACCACAGUUAAAUUCACUCCUGCUGGUGGAAUUGCAGAAGUAAUUUCUCUGACAAUAGAAAUCUAAAACUUUUGAGAUUUCCUGCCCAUUGGGACGGAAUGCAAUUUAUCAAUUCCUAUUAACUCCCAUCACCAAUAAGAGAUGCCUUUAUUUUCCUCUUAGGGAAUAUAAAAUGCACACCACCUAUAUUUUAUGCGCUAGUGUGAAUUUCUCCAUUCAAAUGGCAAAAGCACCUUGUUUCUGAAACCUCCCCUGAAAGAGAGAAGCAUCAAUUUUAGAAGCACUUCUUAUUUGCUGUGCGGCUCUCACAAGCAUAAUUAUGAAGUGUGUGAAGUCUGCUUACAUUUGACUGUGCCAAGUCCCUUUGAGGUAUUCCAUGGGCGCUUUGGGCUUUUCCGGUCCCUCUCAGUUUUGUAUAGACAUCUUUUCUCAGCACCAACUUUUCCCAGAGUAUGGCUGCAAUCCUUGUCUACUUACUUGGGAGAAGGUCCCAUCAAAUAUAGCGGGACUUACUUCUGAGGAAAAAUGCACACGAUUGUGUUGUAUGGCUGUAAUGCUCCACUUACUUAGGAACAUAUCUUUUAUAUUGAUAGACAAGACUGAGCUAGAUGGACCAAUAGUCUGCUAGCUCAGUCUGGUCUACACUGAAUGGCAGUGGCUCUCUAGGGUUCAGGCUGGGGACACUCCUAGCCCUACUUGCACAUGCUGGGAAUUGAAUUUGGGACCUUUUGCAUGCAAAGUGGAUGCUCUUCCACUGAGCUAUGGCCCUAGUGUGAUUUCUGUCUAAGAAAACAUGUCCAGGCUUGGGCUGCUCAUGGAACUACAGCGAAGCUGUUCCCAAGUGAGUGUUUUCAUACUACACUUGUAUCUUUUCUGUCUGUGGAGCAACAGAAUAAUAAUAAUAAUAAUAAUAAUAAUAAUAAUAAUUUAUUAUUUGUACCCCGCCAUCUGGCUGGGUUUCCCCAGCCACUCUGGGCGGCUUCCAUAGAAACCAAAAAUACACUAAAAUAUCACAGAUUAAAAACUUCCCUGAACAGGGCAACAGAAUGCUUCGUACACCAGACAGGGGCAACCAGCCGUGGCUCCUGAUGGGUGUUUAUUGUGAGAUUGGUGCUGCCCGUGCAUGCAAGGUUUUCACAGCAGCCACACAAUGCCACACUGGCAUCCAAAUGCCAGGCCACAUUCCCCCUUGUUUAAUCUGGAUUUACCCUUUUGGCCAACAAACACAAAUAAGUUAAAAAACAAUGCUGUUGCCAACAGUCUGUUUCCAGUUUGUGAACAGGCUGCUUGUGAAUGUUAAGCCCCAGGCAGAGAGGACCUGCUGCUCUGCAGAUGAGGGCCAAGUUACAUGUUACAAAGGAGAUACUUGACUGGAUAUCCUGUCACAUUUUGCUUGUCCGGAAAGCAGGUUCCACCAACUGGGUUCAGGGACGUGACGCAGAGGGGAUUUAAUCCUUUCUUCCAUACCUCAAUGCAAAUCCUCUUGUCCCCUGCAGCUAAUAGCAACUGCAGGUGGUGGUGAGAGUGUUGUCUUGGGAAUGGGCAUAGGAGGAAAUGGGUUCAACCAGUUACACAUUGCCAAAAAUGUGGAAGUGCAACACACACACAUGGAUUGUCAUAAAAUUUGCUUAUGCUAAUUUAUAAAUCUAUAGGUGCUACUGUAUUAAUUUUUUUUUAAAAAAUAGCAUUACAACAGAUUUCAUCACAGUAGGGAAGACUGUGACCAGGUGACCUGUGUGCCUGCUGAGUCUCCUGUCCAGAGCAACUUCAAGGUCCCUGCUUUCUCUUCUUGGGAUUCUUUCUCUCUCAACUACAGUGGUACCUUGAGUUAAGAACUUAAUUCUUUCUGGAGGUCUGUUCUUAACCUGAAACUGUUCUUGACCUGAGGUACCACUUUAGCUAAUGGGGCCUCCCACUGCCGCUGUGCUGCCACCACGCGAUUUCUGUUCUCAUCCUGAAGCAAAGUUCUUAACCUGAGGUACUAUUUCUGGGUUAGCGGAGUCUGUAACCUGAAGCAUCUGUAACCCAAGGUACCACUGUAGACUUUAAACUCUUCAGACAUAAGACUGUCCUCUGCCAGCCCUUCAAAUUGAGGACUGUGAAUUAGAAUGCAUGACCACUCCAUCCUCUUUCCAUACCAUAGGACCCCUGACCAUUAGGUCCAGUCGUGACCAACUCUGGGGUUGCAGUGCUCAUCUCGCUUUAUUGGCCGAGGGCGCUGGUGUACAGCUUCCGGGUCAUGUGGCCAGCAUGACUAAGCUGCUUCUGGUGAACCAGAGCAGCGCAUGGAAAUGCCAUUUACCUUCCCACCAGAGCGGUACCUAUUUAUCUACUUGCACUUUGACGUGCUUUCGAACUGCUAGGUUGGCAGGAGCAGGGACCGAGCAACGGGAGCUCACCCCAUCGCGGGGAUUUGAACCACCGCCCUUCUGAUCAGCAAGUCCUAGGCUCUGUGGUUUAACCCACAGCACCAUAGCCUAGUCCAAAUCCUGCUCUUAGCAAAAGAGAGACACAGGUCCAUUUAUGGAUCUCCUCUGCAAGGUGCAGUUUGAAUCUGAGUGUUCUGAGAAGGAGAGUUUGGUCUUACAGCCUGUUCCUACACAAGUCUGCUCAGAGGUAAGAUUGAAACGGGUUUAGUGUGACUUGUCAACUUGUAAAUAGAUUUAGGAUCCUAGCCUGGGUGUGUGCUAAAAGAAUGGAGCGGGAAUGAAUCCCACACACUUUCCUUGCUUACCUUUCUCCCUCUUACUUUGCACAUCAGAAGAAAGAAACAUCACCAAAACGAUAACCAGGGCUUUCAGCUUUUCCUCAACCUGGUGCCCUCCAGAUGAUGAGCUAAAACUCCCAGCAUCACUCCCCACUGCUCUUGUCUGUGGCAGAUUCUAAAACAUUCUUUUAUGGGUCAGAGGCACAUAAAGAAUUAGGGAUGCAGUCCAAAGUUAAUGGGAAAAAAUGAUGAAAACAUAGCAUUAUAAAAGGAAUUAUAAUAGACAACAUUGCCUUCUUUGAAAAAAGUUGGGAAAUCAGUAGAUCGGAAAGACAGGAGUAAAAUGCAGGACAAUUUUUGCUAUUAGUGAGGUAUUUGAAAGAAUGCCUCUUACUUCAGAUAUUCAUUCUUAAUGACCUGGUUACAAACAGUGUCACAUGGUUGGAAGAAGGAUAAAUAGAUGGCAACAAUUUGUUGUGAUCUAUUGAGUCCUGGGGAGGCACCCAAGUGGGGUGUCGCAGACACUAGAAGUCUUGGUUUUAUUUAUCUUUCCUAAUGUCUUGGAACGAAGAAAGGAAAACAUCCCAUUAAUUAAAAUUGUGCAUAUUAAAUUGGGAGGUGUAGCAGAAAAUAGACUAAUCACUUAGGCAUUUAUAGGGUGUCCUGAGCUCAUAUAAUUUACUAUGCACCAAUUAAAUGUUAAAUAAAUCCUGACUCAUAGCAAAUUUUAUUCACUGGCUUGAUAUUUAGAGCCACAGUUUAUUUCCUCACAGUGCUAUAUAGCUGCCACGUGAACUGGGCACCCACCCACUUUUCAUUUAAAUCAAGAACGUUAAGUUCUGAAAAAUGUCUGCCUAUUAAGAAAUAUGCAGACAAAGUUGAGAGAUUUGGAACUAGGAGUUCAGAGUUCAUUUAUGAAGAAAGAAUGAACAAUGCGGCAAAACUACAGCGAUGCCACAAUUGCUGAACCUCUUAGAAGCAGGGAGAGACCCUUGAAAAUAAUAAUAAUAAUAAUAAUAAUAAUAAUAAUAAUAAUAAUUUAUUUGUACCCCACCCAUCUGGCUGGGUUUCCCCAGCCACUCUGGGCAGCUUCCAACAAAGAUAAAAAAUACAUCAAAAUAGGAAUGACAUAAUUCUAAUGCUGAAAUGGGGUCUCCUGGUCAUGGUAUUCCCUGAAGCUUUUUUGUGUGGCAAAGGGAUUGUGGCUUCACUGCCAUGCAAAAGACCCUCAGACACCCAAAGUGGGGUUGUCAUGGGGUUGGGACAACAGAGCAAUCUAAUUACAUCUAGCCCAGUUACUUCACUUUGGGGAGUGAAAAGGUCUAACCUGCACUUGUUUGAUCCAGCUGCCUGCCCACAGUGGCGGCCCCUGGAUCUAUCUGUCCAGGAAGACCAAGCAAUGAUAAAUGGGCUACUGGGAAGAAGGACGAAGAAUCCCCCCCACCUUGAUGAUACAGUAUAUUUUGUAGGAGGCCAUCAGAUAGCUAUGAAAUGGCCAUUGCUCAAGUAAUAUAGAUGAAUUCACAAUUUAAUCUAGAGACCUCAUAAAAUGCCCUUUUCUGGGAAAAAAACCCCAAAACAACAACCACCCAAUUCCAUGAUUGUCUUGCUUAUUCUUCACCAGACAUCCCUACUGAUGUUGGCUGGAUAUAGUCUCCUUACAAAAAAAUGUCCAUUGGGGUGAUAAAGUAUCAUAUUGAAAGCACUAUAAAUCCUCUGCUGUUUCCACAGACAGUUUUGUAAGCAGACCGUUCCAAAAGCUGCCUCACCAGAGCUCUAGUAAAUCAGAAGCCAUCUGGUGUGUUUGCAUUAAUUCAUCCACAUUGCCUAUUACUCUUGCGCAAAAUGCCAAAGGAAACCUGAGUUUGAUGCAAUUAGGAUCAGCUGCAAUCUUCGCUUAUUGGGAAAUUACCACUCCCACAAACCCACAGGUAACUGAGAUGUGCUCCACAGAGAGUCAGGAAGCGCAAUUUUGCAUUUGGGAACAUGGGAAAUAUUUCAGUUGCUUCACUCUAAUGAGUCUGUGUGGUCUUGGCAUUUGUAUACAGACUGUAAGUUCAUGGAAGAUAAAACUAACAAUGGCUACUACCUGUGAUGGCUAUUCUGCUUCCAUGGUCAGAGACAGGAAUGCUUCUGAAGACCAGCUGGUGGAAAUUGCAGGAAGGGAGAAUGUUCUCGUGCUCAGGUCCCACAGGGAUUCCCACAUGCUGACCAUUGUGAGAAAAGGAUGCUGGACUAGAUUGGCCUGAACCAGCAGACUCUUCUUAUGUUCUUAUGUUUCCUUGUGAACACUUCCAAUCUGAUGUAGAUUUCUAUCCCUUCCUAUUCUCAAAUCUCAGGCUGGCUAUUUUUUUCUUAGGCUCCAUUUUAAUGACAGGGAAAAUGUGCCUGACAAACUGGGAUUUGCAAAAGCUUGUUCAAGGAGCUCACAGAUUGUGACCCAGGCUUCACAAAAGUGUCUCAAAUAUGGAGGCACGUUUUAUGGACGGGGGCAGGAGGGGCUCAACUCCAGUGACUCCAAGGGGAAGCCUACCUCAAUCAUACACAGUUGUACCUUGGUUUUCGAACGCCUUGUGACUUGAACGUUUUGGCUCCCGAACUCUGCAAACUCGGAAGUGUUUGAGAACUUUUUUGGAAAGCUGAAGGUCCAAUGCAGCAUCCGUGGCUUCCGAUUGAGUGCAAGAAGUUGUGCCUUGGUUUUUGAACAUUUUUGGAAGUUGAAUGGACUUCCGGAACGGAUUCCGUUCGAGAACCAAGGUACUACUGUAUGCUUGAGUCAAGGAAAAAGCAGAUUAGGGGCCUUUGUCUCCCCCACCUCUCUCUCUCUCUCUCUCUCUCUCUCUCUCUCUCACUCUCACUCUCACUCUCACACACACAGAAAUCUAAGAGCUCUGUGAGUGAUCCCAUGCCCAUGAGGACAGUUUGUAUGCAUCAUACAGUUGCAUGAGCAGAUCAAUCAAUCAGUUUAUUAUGGUCAUAGACCAGCAGUUUUAAAAUGGUUAAAAAUACAAUAAUUAUAACAACAAGAUACAAUAGUUAUAAGAACAAGCCAGAAUAAAAGAAAGGAGACAAGAGUCACUAACCAGUUAGAAUUUUGGCUGAGCAGAUCUUUCCCCAUAUGUUUGGAAGGGUGCCACUGAAAUAACAUAGACUUGUGCAACUGGCCCCAUUGUUUAAUUCCAGGGCUGGCCCUACAAUGAGGCAGAGUAAAACAGCCACCUCAGGUGGCAGAUGCUGAGGUGUGGGGAGGGGACAGCUGUGCCCUGUAUCUAGCCUGCCGCCGUCACAUGCAGUGGAAGAUACUGUGCUUGCAGCAAUACUGGAGUAAGAUUCAACAACCAGUCAGAUUGGUUUCUCCUAUGUGCCUUGAGGGAAGUUUCAUCUUGUCCUUUACCUCAGGCAGCAAAAUGUACUGAGCUGCUCAUUUAAUUCACACAUGGACUCAUGCCAAAGGAAAAUAAUUUCCACAUCACAGGGUGUUUAUCUAUCUCUAUCUCUAUCUCUAUCUCUAUCUCUAUCUCUAUCUCUAUCUCUAUCUCUAUCUCUAUCCAUCUAUGAAUGGGCCAACAUUGUUACCGUAAGUGAUACCACAGCACAUUUUUUUGGUACAGUUAAUGAAAAUGACCGCUCCCCGCAUAAAAUGGGGGGCGCCCUUUGCGUGGACACGCGCAGCCCCUGGAUCUGGAGCGGCUCCAUCAACAUAGGCUUGGCUUCGCCUUCCCUCAGGUGGGAUACCUGGAGGUCUCUGCCUACCUCAGCCAGUUGUCCAAUCCCACCUGGGGGAAGCGUUGCCAAGGAAACCAGGCCAGGUAGGGGAGGGACUACCUGCCCACCCACCCACCCUCAGUUAAUGUCUUAUUUUGCAGGUUAACUUUUCUUCACAGGUAUGCGGGCGCUGCUACGUCAAGGUCGCUGUUAAAGGGCCGGAAAGGAAUUGCCCUGCAUUGGCAGGUUUUGCCUUUCCCGUAGCAAAACGUCACAACUUUGGCAGUAUCAGGCCUUGGGCGGAAUCCUUUAGUCCAUCUUCCUCUUUGCAGCGGUGAUACCAGGGUUCCCCGUUAAAGGGGUUUCUGAAGGGAGGCUUUGACUGUACGCCGAGAGGUCGUCAUUGCUCUCCCCUGCGGCAGCAGCGUAAAAGGGGGCGGCUAUCUCUGCUUGAACAUAUGUUCUCCAGAGCCGGCCCAUCCCCCCACCCUGAUGUUCCCUAGGUCCCCGGCUGGGGACUGGGGAGGGAUAAUGCCCAACGCCUGAGCCAAGGUCUACCCACAUCUGAAAUUUAAUAAAGUUGUGGCCAAUUUAAUCCCAUAGCACGUUGUCUUGAGUCUUUAUUCCAUAUGACGGGGGGGCGCCCGGGAUCUGGGGGACUCCGCCUGUCCACGCAAUACCACUUUCUUCUUUUUCUUGGUUUGCUGUCUUUUGUUUUGGCAAGCGGAGCCAGGAAAGUGCCCGCAAUGACAACACAGAUGUAUGCUUUUGAAAUGAAAUGCUCCUGCCUUCCUCCCCUCCUCCAUUGAGGGUUCUGCUGCACCUUUGUCUCCCUGCUGCUGCACAAACCACAUUGCCUAACUCCCUUCAUGGUAACUGGAGUGAAACCUCUCAUGUAAAGAUUAGGUAGGUUACGAUGAUUAAACGCUGCUUAAAGAUAAGAUCUAUUGCUUCUUUCUUGGGCAAGCCUCCCACCGACAUAGGACUCUGAGAGAAAAGAUGUAGCUAAUUGUAAGACAAUUCCUUUGAAGUUCUGCGAGUGCCAGUAACUUCGGUAAAAGAUUUAUAACAGGCUAUUGGGAAGGGGAUGGGCAACCUUUCUAAAGUCCAAGCUACUGAACUGGCAGGUUGUUCAUUUUGACCUGACAGUCCGGUCAGGUGAGGCUGUCAGUUCUUUGAAGUAUCUGUGUCUGUAAAUAAGACACGAGUCCAAAGCAAGGGAGUUCUGAGUAGCUCUUUUGCAGCUGCUCUGCUGAAACUCACAGUGUGGGAAAGAUUUACAAAGAGCAGAAAUUUGCCUGAAGUUAGCUUCAGGCACAAUGGAACGGUAGCUGUACCUGUUUCUGCCAGCAAAACAGUGGCACCAUACAAACAGAUUAUUGAACAUGCUCAAGGUAGGGCCAGCUGUUUCAGAGUUAAAAUUAGGAAAUGUUAAGCAAAAUGCUGUUGCAUAAGAACUGGGUUCAGAACAAAACAGAUUGGGCAUCUGUAGCUGCCCAUUCAACCAUAGAUGCGGUGGACACAUCCGUUAAUUGCAGCUUCUUUCAGUUUCUCUUUUUUCCCCACUCAUAAACUCAGUUUGCAACAUUUCUCCAGAAUUUUGCAAUUUUUUAAAAAGCCCUCACAAGUUUUUGCAAGCAUUUUUAGCGUUUUGCAUGCAAUUUUACCCAAUAUGCACACUUUUGCAAGCAGUUUCCCACACCACAAUGCAAUUCAUAUGUAAUUUUUACAUACAUGCACAUUUUCUUCUAAGUAUUUUUAUACACAUUAUCUGGUUGAAGAAUUGCACUACAAAAAUUAAGAGAAGUGCAUAUUUUGCAGGAUAACUAUGCUUUGGUUUGUCUAUUGUUCUGGGAAGUGCAAACUAGGUAGCUUUGUGCAAACCAAACAGAAUUUCUCCCUUAUCACUAACCAUAAGCAUUGUGCAGCCUUAUCAAUGUGUUAGGUUUCCCUUUCCCAGGAUGCUUCUAUAGCAGCAAUCCCAGGGCUGGUACUGGGUGGGGGCCACUGAGGUGGAACCUGACUAGUGACAUCAGAGUCAACUAAUUCUAGUUUUGUCCUCAUCUUCCUCCCUGCUCAGUUCUGCAAGUGCAGUGCUGAAGAGGAGGAAGUUGGCACUCAGUGCCACAGUCUAGAUUGGCUGUAAGGGCUUUAGAAAAGAAAGAGGAAAUAAACCUUCUGAUAUCAAAAUGCCAUUAUAAAAAUCUAUGGUUUGCAACCACAUUUGGAUUACUAUGUACAGUUCUGGUCAUCUCAUCUGAAAAAGAAUAUUGUAGAGUUUGAAAAGGCUCAGAGGAGAACAACCAAGUCUCCUUUCUAAAUCAUGGAUAUGGACCACAGCCAGUGCUAUUUUUCUAGAAAAAGAGGUGCCGGAACUCACCACAAAUGCCUCCCUUGUUCUCUUAUACAGUGGAACCUUGGUUCUCAAACAACUUGAUUCUCAAACGCCGAAAACCCAGAAGAAAGUGUUCUGGUUUUGGAGCAAUGGAUUAAGUUUGGCGCUUUUGUUUUUGCUAUUUAUUUUGCAUUUUUGUUUUUGAGGCUUUUUCAGUUCAUUUGUUUUUGUGACUGUGCGGAGCCCAGUUCAGCUAGUGAUUGAUUGAUUGAUUGAUUGAUUGUGUGACUGUGGAAAUGGAUAAAAGCCCCUCAUCCAAACAAUGACUAUCAUCAGUGCAUGUGAGGAAAAAAAUUAAUUUAAAUUAUUUCAUCUACAAUACUGUCUUAUUUAUUUUAUAGUACAGUACAUUGAUUAUUGCUUUCAUUUUGUGGCUCAAUGUUCUCGUUAGAUAGUAAAAUUCAUGUUAAAUUGCUGUUUUAGGGGUUGUUUUUAAAAGUCUGGAAGAGAUUAAUCCAUUUUGCAUUACUUUCUAUGGGAAAGUGUGCCUUAGUUUUGAAACACUUUGGUUUUAGAAUGGACUUCCAGAACGGAUUAAAUCUGAGAACCAAGGUACCACUGUAAUGGCAAUGCCACCCAGUGAGUUCCGACUGAUAAAACACCCUGACCACAGCAGAGAUGGUAGGGGAAGGCAGGUCUCUGGACCUCACAGGUGCUCAUUAGAGCAGUUGCCCCUUGUUCUGGUACUGAGAUACAAUGGUGUGGAGACCUUUUGUAUGUCUCAUGCAAUGUGAGUUUCCCACCUGACAAGAGAAGAAGAGAAGCUGGUUAGCUUGCUUGAUCAGCAUUUAAAGCAGGUUGUUUGGAAGACAGGGCUGCAUUCAGAUUGUAAUAAAUAGUGUUGUGGCAUGUUAGAAAAAGCAAAAGCACACAGGAAAGUGACUGCUCCUAAGCUCUGUCAUUCUAUGCCUUCAAAAGUUGAAAGAAAAGAAAACCAGAAGCCCCAAUGUAAUUUGUGCGUCCCACAAAAACUUUUUCUUCAGGCUAGCACAAUGACAAAUUCACACCAUUAAUGUCAUAUUUAAAUUGCUUCAAAAUUUAUUUGAAAGGUAUCUCCUGUUGGACAACCAAAGGUACUACUUAACAUCUUGGCCUGUAACAUGAAUUGUCUCAGGACAUAAAUAUUUUGCCAUUCAUCUUUUCACUUGCUCCUGGAUUAUGCCAUAAAUAGUGAUCCCUGGGUUAAUAAUACAUAUAAAAUCCUCAUUUUUUUUGCCCUUUAGUGAGCUUUUCCCUGAGUUGAGAGAGAGCGAUCAAGGCCUCCCAAAAUAAGGCCAAAUUUGAGUCAGAGUUCACCAGGGCCCCUCUACAUAGUCUUGCUUCAAAACUAGCAGAUUUGCUUCAAAACUAGCAGAUUUGAUGCAGCUUAACUAAUUCCCCCCUUCAAUCAAAGAUUCUUCCCUGCCAAACAUUUGCACUGUUCCAGUACUGUUCUUUCCUUGUUUUUGUUCUCCAGCUGCUGCUUCUCAGUGCCAUUUUGCCACCCUACCCUCAGUAUCUCUGGCAUUUGCCAGUGUUGCCAUUUAAUGUAAUUGGCUGGGCAAUGCAUGCUCAGAAUCCCCCACCACACACACAUAUUUUCAGGCUUGGAAAUACAGUUUUGGGUAGCUCCAAUGCUUGCCUCAAAUACAAUAUGAGUGUUAAAACUCCAAAACCUUUGCAGCUUGUGAAUCUGAGCCAGAGAAGAACUUUUUUUGCUUUUUCUCUGACUCCCCCCACAUCCACCCAGUUCUUACACACCCAUCCAUUUCUCCAGGUGAGCCUACCCUUUUCCAUUAGCAUGGAAUGGGGGGGGGGGCUGCUGAGGGACAUGGGCAAGUAGGUAUGUCAGGUGUGUAGCCUGCAGGCACAGUCCUAUUUCCCCAUAAAUGUGAUCUGUGCAGAUUGGGGGAGGGAAGAGGAAGAAUAUGCCUUCUCCUUUGAUGUCCUGGAACAAGGUAAGUACUUUGGCAUCCACAUGACUGCUGCUUCCCCUUUCGCAAUGCCACAUGCUGCAAGAGAUGCCUUUCUUUAAAAGUUCUGGAGUGAGUCUAAUAACAAACAAGUAUAGCAGCUGAAAAUUCCAGCUCUCUGGGCACGGUGGAUUAGAACCAGGUAUAGGAAUCGAUCCGCUAAUAGCAGCAGCUUCAACUCUACAUAAAUCAAGGGGGAAAGCAGGAUUGUGAGACUUUGGGAAGCAAGAUCGAAAAAGCAUUGCCUCAUCGUUGUCAGCACUGAUGGCAGCUUUAGAAGACAACUGGCCCCCAAAGUGUCGUGAAGCGGUUGGGCAAUAUACACAUCAAUCCAAAUUCUUUACAAGGGAUUCACAAGAAUGGGGGCUGGCUCUCGCCUAGCAUCUGUCUGCUUAGAUUUUCACAAUGCUGUAUUUUCUGUGCGCCAUUUUCUCUUGUCUACAGGAUGGCUUAGAGAAACCUCCGUGGUACUGCUCUUACUUCUACAACUAUGUAGGAUCUAUAAGUGAAGGAGAGAGCAGGACUGCAGCAGCUGGUGGUGUCUACAACCUUUAUAAGUUCAUAAGCCAAUUACACUGAAACAUAGGCAGCAGUGCUUCUGAAUACCAGUUCCUCGAAUCCACAGAAGGGGAGAAUAGUCCUGCCAGAGGGCUUUUCGUGGGAUAUGUAUGGCUGAUGUGAUUGCAGAAAUGGUUAGUGGUUGCUGUGGGCUAUGUCCUCAGGAGAGGCAUCCAGAAUUUUAAUUAUUACUGAGAGAAGCGGUCCAAAUAUGUUGUUUUUCUUGCAAAACAGAAAAGUUUAGCACCCAUGGAGAGACAGUUCUGUUUCUUCAGUUCAUGUAGAGUUUCAGGAGAGUAAUAGCUUCAAACGCUUGAAACAAUAUAUAAGGGUUAAAGUAAAACGGAUGAGUUAAAGUAAAACAGGCCAGCCAGCUCCAUUAAGUGAAAUGCGUGGGGCGGAGCAGGGGGAGAGAUGACCUUUCAAGCAGUCAUUGAAAUUCAACUGUGCCCAUCAUUAUGCAAACAGUCUAAGAACCGCUCUCAGGCUUGGUCUGAAUUGCAAAUAGAUUUUUAAAAACUGCAGACAGUCCCAAGGUUAGCAAGUUGGGGUAUGUGAAACCUGCUUCUGAGAUCCUGGACCCAAGAAAUGUUCUUCUGCAGCCCUUCCAAAGUUUGGUAAAUAACUGGGUGUGGCCUCUCAGUUGUACUACUUAACAGUGUUUGGCUGAAAUCUGUAACACUUGUUCGGGCCUUAUGUCUAAAGAGGGAAUUAGAAAGGAGUAGUCGGAACAAAGGUCCGUAUAGUUAAAUCUAUGGUUUUCCCAGCAGUGAUGUAUGGAAGUGAGAGCUGGACCAUAAAGAAGGCUGAUCGCCGAAGAAUCGAUGCUUUGGAAUUACGGUGCUGGAGGAGACUCUUGAGAGUCCCAUGGACUUCAAGAAGAUCAAACCUAUCCAUUCUUACAGAAAUCAGCCCUGAGUGUUCACUGGAAGGACAGAUCCUGAAGCUGAGGCUCCAAUACUUUGGCCACCUCAUGAGAAGAGAGGACCCCCUGGAAAAGACCCUGAUGUUGGGAAAGAUGGAGGGCACAAGGAGAAGGGGAUGACAGAGGACGAGAUGGUUGGAUAGUGUUCUCGAAGCUACCAGCAUGAGUUUGACCAAACUGCGGGAGGUAGUGGAAGACAGGAGUGCCUGGCGUGUUCUGGUCCAUGGGGUCAUGAAGAGUCGGACAGGACUAAAUGACUAAACAACAACAACUACAAGUCGGAAAUGGGGGGCACUCUCCCUUGCUCCCCAUGUUUCUGUCUGCUCUACCCCCAACUUUCCUGUUUUGAGAGAGAAGAUCUGAAUGGGUUUUUUUUAAAGUGCACUUGUCUGAAGGCACUUAGAAGCCUUCCAACAAGUGGGAAUUCUGCAUCCUCAAGGUUCCUGAUUGCAAGGAGACUUCUCUGCAUUUCAAAGCCCCCUUUAGACUUCCCACACAACUUGACAAUGUCGGGAAUGGAGUAGGUUGGGCCGGCACACACAAGGACAGUUGGACGGCAGCAUGGGGCUGCACUCUUCACCUGACCUUCUUCUGGCUGCCGCUGCAUACGGCCAUGGAGAGGGGGAGGGGCAAGGUCAUUGUGGUACAAAUCCACCAGUGGAGCCAUACUGGCAUUCCCAACAGUGCUUUUGCAUUGUGCCAACCUCACCUGCUUUCUCUUAUUGGGCACAAUACCUGAAGAAGGUUUUCAUCUCUUUAGAAACUAUGAGGGGAUUUGCAUUAAGUUAUCAGGACCAUCAAACACUUGAGAUGAAGGCAGCUUCAGUUAAUUUGGGGAGAAAUUUGAAUAUGGGUUAUAUAAAUAUCUAUAAGCACCUUGUUCUUUUGUCCCUGAAGUUGAACUCUCAUCCCCCAGUAAUAUUCCUUUUUGUUACUUAGGGUAACUCAUCCCUAUGUUUCCCUUUCCCUUUCUGAGCUUUUCCUUUAAGGCCACAGUGAACAUGGCAAAUUAAGCGAAUGCCUGUCUGGGGGAAGUCAAAGAUUUAACCUAUUAAUUAUUACUUCAACACUAUAAUUUCAGACUGAAUGCAAGAAUCUCAUUUAGAAAGGCGGUCAGCAUAGGUAAGGUUUAAAGACCUCAUUUGAUGGGGACCAUGUUACAUCCUUUCUGCCAAUAAAUACUUCUGUAAUUAUAAGCUUGUUGCUUCUUUUCAGUUUUAGUUUGCCUAGUUUCAACUUCCAGCUCUAAAAUAUCGUAAUGCUUUUUCUCUAUUAGAAAUCUCUCCAUGGGAGGCACUUACAAACAGUGAUAAUAGCAACACUUAACCAUCUGUUUUAAGGUCAUUCUAUUUAGUUUGGCAGUCUUGCUGGAAGCCAGGCUUUCCAAGCUAUGAAUCAUUCUGGAAGCCCACUUCUGAACUCUUAUACAUUUCUUUUCCUAUUUUUUAAAAAUGCUUUGACACAAGCCCCUGACCUACUAUGCCAUUAACACACGCUACUGAUGAUUUUUUUUAAAAACAACAACACUCUGAGCCAGUUUAUAUAGAGUGUUUACAAUAAGUCACUUGCCUUGAGAAGAAGGUUUUACAUCCAAUCCUGUUCUUCUCAAGUUUCCUAAUCAAAUGGAAGAAUGUAAAUCCUCCGUAUUCUUAAAUAUAAAACUGGUUUAAUAAAUUAUUUCUUCAAAAAACAAACAUGGCCUGGUUGAAACCUGGAAGUUGGCUUUAUGUCCUUAAAUUCCCCAAGAAAACUGGUGAUGGCACAGCUAUGACUUGCAUGCCAAGGCUCCAUGACCUGUCACUCCUUAGAUGAUUAAGAACUAGACAAGCUUGGGCUCAAAUAGGCCACAACUUCAUUGAUUACAGAUGUGAAUAGUUUGCUAUAGGCAUUGAGUGAAGCCAUUUAUUUUGCUCCAGCCCGUCUGCUGGGAGUAAACCAAGUGUAAACCCCAUGGGGCGGGGGGCUAUGACAUACAUCAAAUAGGCGUCCCCCCCCCGAGGGGUCCUCUUUGGUGGAGUGUUAUGGCCCUAGCCACCACCUGGGCAUCGGAUAGAGGCAGCUCCGUGCGAAUCCCUUUAAUGGUGCACCCUUAAUCAAGGAGGGGCAGGCAGAGGCUACAACUUCCCCUCCACCCAAGGCGUAGCCUCACAAAGUUGUGAAGACUGCUAUGAGGUAGGCAAAAACCAAAUGGCCGGUGCCAAUUUGCCAAGUGGAAAAAUUCCUGCCCGGCCCCAAAUAUGGUGGCUAACAAGGUCCUUCUUAGCAUGAAAGGAAAAGCAUAUGAUAAAGGGAGGGAGGGUGGGAGAUCUGACAAAAAAGCUGAGGAUGACUUGGCAGGCUGUUUAUUCCCCCGGGAGCAAACCCAAAUGCCCAUUGGCUGGUUGGUCUCACCCCCUGAGGAACUCCGGCCCCCAGGCCAGUCUGCUAUUGGCUGAUCUGCAGGCAGGCCUGCAAUCCACUGCAGCCAGCUGCUGGGUCGCAGAUGUGGCUAUGACCAGCCUACAAUGCUGACUGACCAUUAAAUGUAAGUAGACUUCUUCCACCACCCACCCAUCAAUUUAUUCACUCAUCCACCACCCCACAUCUAGUUCUGUCAUCCACCCUUCACGCCACAUAUUGGCUGUGGAGCUCCUCAUCACCUUUAUACAGAGAGAGGUAAGGUAAAGGUAAAAGACCCCUGGACAGUUAAGUCCAGUCAAAGGUGACUGGGGUGCAAUGCUCAUCUCUCUUCAGGCUGAGGGAGCCAGAAUUUGUCCACAGACAGCUUUCUAUGCAAUGGGACACAGUGUUGAGUGCCAAAGCACAUGGAAAUGCCAUUUACCUUCCUGCUGCAGUAGAUAGAUAGAUGAUAGAUAGAUGAUAGAUAGAUGAUAGAUAGAUGAUAGAUAGAUAGAUAGAUGAUAGAUAGAUUUUUUUUAAUAACAAUUUUUCUUAACGUAUCAUUUCCAAAUUUACAUUGAUUGACUUCCCCCCACCCCUCCUGGUUUCCAUUUUCCCCCUUUUAUUUUCCUUGCAUCCAAUUAUUUUUCAUCACUUAAUUUCAAAUUCUUUUUCACAUCCUAAUUUUGCCUUCAGUUCAUAAAUGUUGCAACAAUCCUGCUAAUGUUUCCAUGUUUUUUACAGUGCUCUUUAAAAUAAUUAUAAUUUUUUCCCAUUCUUGAUUAAAUUUUCCUUCAUGGUGUCUGAUCUUCACAGUUAAUUUAGCGUAGUGUAUCAUCUUAGUCUUCCAUUCUUCUUUCGUUGGGACGUUCUCAUCUUUCCACUUCUAGGCAAGUAGCAUUUUGGCAGCUGUGCUUGCAUACAUAAAUAGUCUCUUUUGCUUCUUGGCAUUUCAUCUCCUAGUAUUCCUAGUAAAAAGGCCUCUGGUUUUUUAACAAACGUAUUUUUAAACUUUUUUUUUAUUUCAUUGUAUAUCAUUUCCCAGCAGCCCUUUACCUUUUUACAUGUCCGCCACAUAUGAAAAAACGUAUCUUUAUCUUUACAUUUCCAACAUAGGUUAGAUGAAUUUUUAUACAUCUUAGCAAGUUUUACUGGAGUUAAAUACCAUCUACCGUAUUUUUCGCCCCAUAGGGCACACCGCCCCAUAGGACGCACCUGGUUUUUUUGGGGGGGGGGGGAAAUAAAGGGGAAAAAUUAUUCCCCCCCCCCAGGCACGGGGCUGGCACGGGGGAAGCCCGAGCUUCCCCCGACCCCAGCCCCCAGAACAGCCUACUAUCCGCAAGCCUAGGGAGCCGUGCCGGGCUCCCUAGGGUUGCGCAGAGCUGUGGGAAGCUCGGGAGCGCAGGGAGCGCAGGCAGCUUUGCGCAACCCUAGGGAGCCUGGCGCGAAGUCGCACUGGUCUCCCAAGGGUUGCGCAGAGCUUCCUGAAGCCUGGAGAGCAAGAGGGGUCGGUGCGCACCAACCCCUCUCGCUCUCCAGGCUUCAGCGAAAGCCUGCAUUCGCCCCAUAGGAUGCACACACAUUUCCCCUUCAUUUUUGGAGGGGAAAAAGUGCCUCCUAUAGGGCGAAAAAUACGGUACAUCAUUUUCAUAUAAUUUUCUUUUAGUGAACUGCAUGCUGUAAAUUUUAAAUUCUCUUUCCACAGCUUUCCCCAUGAUUCAAAUGGUAUGUUAUACCCUAUAUCUUGUGCCCAGUGUUUCAUUAUAGCCUUAACCUCUUCGUCUUUCGUCUCCCAUUCCAACAGUAGUUUGUACAUUCUUGAUAAGAAUUUCUCAUUAUUUUCCAAUAAUUCCUUUUUGGACUUUGAGAAUUCCUUCCCAAAGCCCAUCCCUUUAUCACCUCUGAAUAGGUCAAUCAAUUGAUGGUAUUGUACGAAUACCAGAGUGCACAGAAACAUCAUUUACAUUCCCGCCACAAUGGUACCUAUUUAUCUACUUGCACUGGCAUGCUUUUGAACUGCUAGCUUGGCAGGAGCUGGGACAUAGCAACGGAAGCUCACUCUGUUGUGGGGAUUCAAACCGCUGACUUUCUGAUCAGCAAGCCCAAGAGGCUCAUUGGGUUAGGACCCCCCCCAGCCAGGCCUAAACUGUGAAUAUUAUUCUGGAACAAAAAGUAUGAGAAACCUUUUUUACUUAGAAAAUGCACUCUCCAUUUUAUGGCAAAGCAUUAAUGUCAGUUGUGCAAUCUGGAUGCAAGUAUGCAUUGCCUUGCACUUCAAUAGGAGGAAAGGUGCAUUAAUAUUCACUUUGGGAAUGGUUUAAUGUUGAGUGAUUGAUGCAUUGCCAGCUCAUAAAAUCCGAUCAGUAUCAGCUCAUUAGCAAGAAGUCGAACUGUAUGCAUUGUUUUGAUACACCCACCCACAUGCACAUGAUAAACAACACUCAAGACGGAGCCUGCUUUAUUAAAACAUAAAAUAUUAAUUCUGAAAAUCAGUCUUUGAAACUGAGAUAUUGACUACAUAAUUCCAUAUUCUCCUUAUUUGGAUGUUGAUGUUGAAUGAGGAAGACAUUUUGCAAAUGACUGAUAAAUGGUAAAAUAGUUACAGUGGUACCUCGGGUUACAGACACUUCAGGUUACAGACUCCGCUAACCCAGAAAUAGUACCUCGGGUUAAAAACUUUCUUCAGGAUGAGAACAGAAAUCUCGUGGUGGCAGCGGGAGGCCCCAUUAGCUAAAGUGGUACCUCAGGUUAAGAACGGUUUCAGGUUAAACGAAUUAAGUUCUUAACCCAAGGUACCACUGUACAGGUAUUACUUUCCCCAAAGUCACAUAUAUUCCAGUUGACCCAAAAUGGAAUGGCGGUCUCAUUUUCUAAUCCAAAGAAAACAUGUUAACAAGAUGCAUUGGGAGAAAUUCAAUCUAGGUCUAUAACAAUUACUCCAUCACUGAAAGCUUCUUAGCUUGCAAGACAAAAUGAUUCCUUCCAGGAAUGCCAACUUGAAUGAAAUAUGGGGCAGGGGAAGGUAAGUCCAGCCCUGCAUAAUUGAUCACAUGAUGUGGCACACACUUAUCAUUUCAAUGGCAAUACUUAUCAACUUUGGAGGGCCCAAGCCCCCUCAAAUAUUUUAUGUGGGGGAAAGAGACCUUAGCCCCUAGGAGUUGGCUCCUAUGAUCCCUCCUCUCUUCCUUGUGUUCACUGUUCUGGGGAUUUCCCUUACCCUCCCUGAGCCAUUUUUUUUGGGGGGGGGAGGGCUGUGUGGGGUGAAGCUUGGUAACCCCAUUGCACUAGUGGAAGUCCUUGUUAAUUGAAUCCCACAAACUUGAAUCCCUAUGGGAAUCUACCUGCAGCAGGAGUGCUCAAGGGGGAUUAUCUAACUACAGUGGACCUCAUGUAACUCUGAACAACUUCAUUCCAAACCCCUGUUGUCUCUGGGCCAUGGUAACUGCAUGAACAUUCCUAAAGAAAUUUGAAUAUUUCUGAACAUUCCUAAAGAAAUCUUGGGAUCUGAGAGAAACAUAUAGGGUGUUUCUUCCAGAUCCCAAGAUAAAGCAUAUGGAAGAAUGAAGGGCCAUGUGUGGUCUGCUGCAAUUUUCUGGCCAACCAAGGGUUAACCUUAUUUACUUAACCAUGAACUGUAGCAAACCUUUAUGCUUUUUUUAAAAAAAUGUAUAGUUUGAAGCUCUUUUCUUUCACAACAUAGCAGAUCAUCUGGACUAGUAGUUCACAAAGUGGGCAGUAAUCCCCCCCCCCCCCGGGGUGGGGUGGGAAUUACCUAGGAGGGCACUAAGAGGCCAGGCGAGAUGAUGCUGAAAGUGCAAAGACUCUGGAGUUUUGCAACAUGAGUCUCCUAGUCUCAGUCGAGGAUCUCUCGCUUCCAGCAGAGAGAGUGAUUCAUAUGCACAUUGUCAAAGAGAGAAAGCAUAGAAGGACAGGCACAAAAUGAUCCUAUUCGAAAGCCCCAAGGCCUGUGGAAGGAGUGCUUUGAAGAACACAAUGACAAUACAGUGGAGUUUAAUAUGACAGAACUGCCAGGGCUGGGCAACUUCUUCCAUGCCCAAAGUGGAUUCUUGGAGGCCUCUUUAGGCUUUAAGCAGUCAGUUAAAAGCAAUUCUCUUUCAUUUCUGACAGGCUUGGGCAUGUAGACCCAUUAAAACGAGCUCAGGUAAAACAAUUGGCAAAACAGACUGUGACCCAGGCAGUUUCCACCUCUUUUUCUCACAUCGUUUAAACUUGUAAAAGCUUGCUUAGUUUUCUUCUUCUUCUUUGGUCAAAAAGCUUCUUAAUCCUGAAUCUGAUAAAUGCAGUAUUCCCCGCCCCCUUUCAAGAUGAAUUAAGCCUUCUUAAUUCAUCUUCCCUGAAGAUGAAUCGGCAAACGUAAAGAAAUUUUGCAGCGUGAAGUUGAUUGUGGCUGCAGUCCUAUUAGUGUGGCCAAGCACAAAGAAAGCAGCAACCUUUAGUCUUGCAGCAACCUUUCGUUUUUGUGUAGAAGGAGGGCCCUCAUUAGGCGUAGCCUGUGCAGCCAGCUAAAACCUCCUGAAAUUCCCCCUUCUGCAAAACAAUUAAAGGUGCAGGAAUCUUGCUUCUUUUGCCUUUGGCCAGCCUAGGACAUUUACCCGGGAGACCCAUUGAACUUAGUGGGAUUUACUUCAAAAUAAACAUUCCUAGCAUUGCACUGUUAGUGGUGGACAGAGUAGUUCAAAUCCCAAUUUGCUAUGCUGGAGGGGGAUGGAGCGGAGGGUUCCUUCUGCCCAGACUUGCCCAGAUCAGCCAACCUCUGCUGUGGAGCAACUCCAUCAUUAGUGGCUCAGCCUUGUCAAAGAGGAGCACCCAACGCUCUUUCUCAAACAUUGAACAGUUAGAGCCUACCUACAGUCAGCAAUAUUUCCACCAGUGGUAGGUACUAGAAACCGCCCAAAAUAGGGCAUUUCAGAGGCAGGGAGAGGACAGUGCUGGUCCAGCAUAUGAUUCACCCUAGAAUCCGGUGCAGCAAAGAAACAUUUUUCCUGUCCUUCUCUCCAACUUCCACCCUGGCAGCUAUGAGUGAUGGGGAUGUAGAUUCAGCGCCGGAUUCAGGGUGCUGUGGGCAGUUCUGCUACAAAGGGCACCGAGCCAAGGGGGCACAAAACUGAGAAGAUUCAUAAUUGAGAAGAUCCAUUUGGAGGCACCAAAUUUUGGCCUUGCACAGGGCGCCAUGUUACAAAAGAUAACCUGGUGGAGGCAGCCAAGGCUACACUGCCCUGCUGCUGCAAAUCAGGAGUUUCGAUUGCCCCUCUUGGACUGCAGUCCUACACAUGUUUACUGUGAGUCAACCCCGUUGAACUCAGUGGGUCUUACUUUUGAGCAGACUUGCGUAGGCCCACACUUUAACUGUUAGGUAUUUUAGCUAUAAACUAACUCAGAUCAUAGAAUAAUAGAACUGUAGAGUUGGAAGGGACCCUGAGGAUCAUCUGGUCCAACUCCCUGCAAUGCAGGAAUAUGCAGCUGUCCCAUAUGGGGAUUGAACCUGCAACCUUGGUGUUAUCAGCACCAUGCUCUCACCAACUGUGCUAUCUCACCCAGGUCUGAUGAGUUCACUGUUUGUGAUAAGCUUCUUCUUUCGCUGUAUUGAGAGUAAAACCAGAUCCAAUACUACGAAGUAGUUAAGAUGUAAGUGAUGAAGCCAUGGUGGUCUUUGACAUCUUUGUAUUCUUGACUGAUUUGGUGGAACACAAACAGUAAAGUUAAAACGGGCCUUUGUUUGAUCCUGGAAGCAACAGUGAAACAGAAUGGAGGAGGUGGCCUUUACAGAAGGCUGCCUGGGAAAAGUAUAUCUGCUCAGUUUUAUCUGUGAUCAACAGUUCCAUUUUGUUUUCAUCCCAUUUUCAUCUAAUCUCGAGAAAUUUGAUUGAAUGUUGCCGCGUUUGUAUUGUCUCUGUGCAAACCACUUAGGGACUUUUAUUCUAUUAAGCGGUAUCAUUUUUAAUUGAUAAAUAAAUGCAAUAUAAAAUCUCGGAAGCACUUGGAGAGGAGGCAGCUGCUCAUAUCCAGCCUCAAGGCUCCUUUGCUCAUCCUCCUCUUCUACCUAUUCAGGCAAGCAAGACACUGAGCAAAGCAGGGCUUUCCGAAGGGGAGGAUGAGGGCUCUAAAUGGCUGCAUUGUUCAAGUAAAUGAUUUAGGUUGGACAAUGAGGAAAAAAUGAAGGGUUUCUGUACCUUUAAUUGUUUUUCAGAAGAUGAAUUCAUGCUCAGGGUUGGUCCCACUGUUGGGCAGAGUGAGGCCUCAAGCAAUGGAUGCUGCAGAUUGGAAGGCUUUUGGGAGCCUCUAAAGUAGCUUGAAGUCCUCAGUUACAGUGAAGGAUGCUGUUCCGUCAUCUGUAAGGUUUAGCUGCCAGUCCUUAAGGCUUCUAUUCAGUUGAGGGCACCAUCUUGUCCUUCAUUGAAGGGAUCAAGAUGUCUUGGACAAGCCCUGAGUGAAUUUUAAGAAAUCCCCCACCCUUUCUCAUGCGUUCACCUAUUCAUCAAAGACAGCUCCAUUUAGUUUGUGUUAGAACAGGCUUGCUUAAGGGUCAGGGAGACAGGCAUGGUAAUGUAUAAAUGUCUGUUAAAAACUCACACCUUCAGGCUUUCAUUGCCAAAAUGAUCUUCAACCUCAACUACUCUCUGCUCCUUUUCUCUUGGGUGUAUUUGAUUUAAUGAACUAUGUGACGAGUUACUGUAGGCACUGUGGAAACACAUUAUCGUCAGUACUACCACCAUCACCACCAGGCAGGAAAGUAAUUACGUGACAGCAUAUCUCUGUGAAGAGAGGCCCUGCUUUCUUCUGUGUGGAACAUGGUGGACCUUGGUGGUACCAGAGGGAGAGGCAAUGCUCUCAGGACAAGUAACUCCCUCCUUUCUCCCCACUGCUGAACCCUGUAAUUAUUUGAAGGAAAGUCACUUUUCCUAUAUUGAGAGUGGAUUCUUUAUUAUCAAUGUAGAAGCAGAAAUGUUGAAACAGAAUAGAACAGACAAAUAAAAGAAGUCUAUGUGUGAUCUGAAGCAGGAACUCAGGGCCUAAGCAUGUGUCAGGGUAUUUGUGGCACACAGUACCUCAGAAUAUAUUCUGGGCAUUAAAUACCUAUUCAGUGGCAACUGGGCAUGAAGGAAGUACAAAUCCCAAUAGAGAAUUCAAAUAUUCCCCCCCCCCUUACAGAUUGUGUAGUUUGAAUGACGAAUUUUUCCUGUGUGAGACUGAGGCCACACCAUACAUUUAAAGCCUGAAAAUACCACUUCAUGGCUUCCCCCAAAGAAUCCUGGGAAAUGUAGUUGUUAAGGAUGCUGGGAAAGUCCUUGGUAUGCGAUCUCCCACCCCAGCAUAAUUUCUGUCUCAUGGGACUGAGCUACAGUUAAUUGGCUGUCAUCCACUACUUCCUCAAGAUGCUGGUUCAGCACCUUCACAGCUUCAUAGCAGCACAACACUUUUUGUUAAUGUCUGCACAUCAAGCUGGUGUUAAAGGCGCAGCUACAAUAGCCGGUUAAAAAGUUGGCCACCUGCGUUGGCACAAUCUAAAACGGAGCUGAGCAGAGAGGCUGCACUGCCUGCGAAUGGAGCCAACCCACCUUUGCUGCUUUAGUCAAUUAGCUGCGGGUGAAAGAACAGUCAAGGUCCACUGGGUGAGAUGCUGGAGGUCACUACCUGAGCAGUGCUAUGAACGCUGGGCAGCGAGCCAGCGAAACUUUGAAAUGGAGGCAGCUAAUUAGCUGCAGGUGACUGCGAGGAAAAGUCAUUCAAACCCGGAGUCCCCUACAGCUGGGGACAGAUGAGAGCAGAUGGCAUUCCAGGUCUACUCUUGUCGGCUUCACUUCUGGGCUUACUGCCACUACGUCGGCCUCUCCACUUGCUUCCCACCCCCAUUUUAUCAUGUAAUUUACAGCAUCUUGCUGUGUUGGUUGUAAACACGAUGAAGCAAGUGUAGCUAGUGCGGCAAAGGCAAGCUGAAAAAGUAGCUCAGAGAGCAGCAAGCACCUCGCUCCAUCUUAUUUAAGGGGCACCUCCCGUGUUAAGUGUUCAGAGUCAGUUGUGCACAUAGCUGUUGCUUGGGAUGUGGGGAAGUGCUUGCAGAUUUCAGCUUCUCCAGCCCCAAAUGCUGAAAAAUGAAAUAAGAAACACCUCACAAAAGAGGUGUCUUUUACAUAGGUACAAAAGAGCUACAGUGGUGCCCCGCAAGAUGAAUGCCUCGCAAGACAGAAAACCCGCUAGACGAAAGGGUUUUCCGUUUUUGAGUUGCUUCGCAGGACGAAUUUCCCUAUGGGCUUGCUUCGCAAGACGAAAAUGUCUUGCGAGUCUUGAGAUUUUUUUUCCGCUCCCCCCCCCUUUAUCUAAGCCGCUAAGCCUUUAAUAGCCUUUUAGCAGCUAAUCCGCUAAGCCGAUAAGCCUUGAAUAGCCGCUAAACCGCUAAUAGCGCUAAUCCGUUAAGCCGCUAAUAGGGUUGCUUCGCAAGACGAAAAAACCGCUAGACGAAGACACUCGCGGAACGGAUUAAUUUUGUCUUGCGAGGCACCACUGUACUGAUUAUACACCACUGAUUUUGCAAGAUACUUUGGUUGCUUCCAGAUAACUUGUUUAUUGAGCACUUAUGCCAAUCUCUCUGCACAAAGUUUUUUUUGGGGGGGCGGGUACGUCUGCUGUUAACUGAACAUCCAUUCUGAUUCGUUUGCAGGAGGUUAAUACAAAAUUGCUUAAAGCAAUUGUUAUCCAAUGCUUUCCAGGAACAUUUCCUCAUUGUUUUCCUUACCUUACAUAGGAUAUUUUGGAAACAGGUUUUGGUUGCACAAGAACACCAUAUUCACUUUAAUCACACAACUUGAAUGUGCCACACCCCGUGCUAAUUUUGCUACAACUGCAUGAUCAGAAUGGCAAUGAGAACAACUGACACCUGACUUGCUGGUGUCAGACACAUGUUUGGUUUGGACAUAAUGACAUUUUAAAAAUCUGGAGCCUUCAUUCAGGAUAGGCUGGGGAAAUGAUCUGAAAGGCAGUAAUAAUGUGUUAAAAUCUGUCUUGCCUGGCCAUUGAGAAGCUUGGAUGUGUUUUCUCAGGUGGAUAAAAUUCUAGAGAUAUUGGUAUCUUUGCCCAGUCACAAAUGCACAAGGGGACAAUGCAAGCAGAUUCAGAUCCAGAUUCACAGCAGCAGCAGUUCGCACCUCUCAGAUCUUUUAAAAAAUAAUUGGGCAUGAAGCCUCAAAACCCACCCCCAUGGAAUAAAGACACAAUGGAAACAGAAUUUAGUUUAAAGGUUAAUGGGCAAAUUUAGGCCACAACUUUAUUGAGUACACAGGUGUGACAGGUAUUGGCUUAGGCAUUGGUAUCUAAUGACUAUAAUUGGCUCCUGCCCACUCAUCAGGAAGCCUGCAAAGGGAAAACUACCAGCAGAAGGAGCUCCAACAAUGGCUAUUGACUGGUGCUCACCCCUGGGGUUCCCAAGGGUCCUGGCAUGGCCCUAGCCCCUCCCCGGGCUUUGGACGAGAUCCAGACCCCCGGAUUCCUUUAACGGAAUACCCUAUCACAUGGCGGGUCGGGUGAUGGCCGCACCUCCCCUCCCCACAUUCCCCUAAACCAAUGCCUAACAGCCAAACCUUACAAAGUUGUGAUGAUUGCUAAGAAGUAGGCAAAAACCAAGUGACCACUGCCAAUCUGCCACAUUGGAAAGAAUUCCUACCCUGCUCCCGUUCCAAAACAGGUGACCAACCAAAGUCCAAAGCAAAGCCAGACACUGAUCUAACAAUGGGUGGGAGGUGGGUGUUCGGCAGCACGAAGCAAGAGACAGGCACACGUCGCGCUGCCGUAUAUAUAUACUUACCUUGUGCCAGCACCACUGAUUGGCCAGGGCCCCUGGCGUGAUCGCAGCAUUACCGACCGGUUGUGGGGAGUCCCGGGGCUGCAUGCAACAUGGACCCUCGGGUAAGUAAAGGUAAAGGUACCCCUGACCAUUAGGUCCAGUCAUGGCCGACUCUGGGGUUGCGGCGCUCAUCUCGCUUUAUUGGCUGAGGGAGCCGGCGAACAGCUUCCAGGUCAUGUGGGCAGCAUGCCUAAGCCGCUUCUGGCGAACCAGAGCACUGCACGGAAACGCCGUUUACCUUCUCGCUGGAGUGGUACCUAUUUAUCUACUUGCACUUUGACGUGCUUUCGAACUGCUAGGUUGGCAGGAGCAGGGACUGAGCAACGGGAGUUCACCCCGUCACGGGGAUUCGAACCGCCUACCUUCUGAUUGGCAAGUCCUAGGCUCUGUGGUUUAACCCACAGCGCCACCCGCGUCCCCUCCCUCGGGUAUGAGGAUCCAACUAAUCAGAUCCUAGCUAAAUCAACCACUUUCAAAAGGAAAAAGCCUUCUCUUUCAACACCUUAGCAUUGUUCCUUCCAGAUGGAAUUGGUUUCAUCCCCCACCUGGCUGUAAUUCUAGAUCAUUCCAGAAGCUUGGAAGCAGGAAGAAACCAUUUGUUAUGCUUGCCUACUAAUAAAUUCAUAGCAAACUCAUUCCCCAAUUGCUGACUGUACAAGGUAUCAGCAGGCCUGCGGUAACUCCAAGGUUUGCAGGAGAAUAAAUAAGGGGAACCGCCUUACAAAGGAUUAAACAUGCACAGAGGCCACAGUACAGUACAUUCAGUAUAUGCUGGAGGUGGUUUGGAAAAUUGAGGUGGUGGUAAUGGAAUGGAGUAUGGCAGAAAGGGGCAUGGCUGGCAAUGGCCAUAGAGCAAUAGAUAGAUAGAUAAACUUUAUUCGCAUUAGCCAAUGGCCAUAGCAACAUAAAACAAGCAAUAUAUACAAUUAAAAAGACAACAAUGGGUAAAAAGGGCAAUCGAAUAGUAUGUUGAAGUUCUCACUUCUUGCUGAUUAAUUUUCACUGUUCCCCAUGAAUGACUAGGCAUAGCCCACAACAAGCACCUGUAUGUGGGGUAAAUCUUGAUAAGCUGCUAUAGGUUCAAAUAUUGUCUCUCCAUAAAAGAUGUUGGCUAUAGUUUUUCAUAUAUAUUGGGUGUGACUCCGGAGAGGAUGCACAUAUAUAGUGUGUGUAAAGCAGUGUAAGCACAGCGUUCUUUCUAAAACAUACAUUGCUUACCGACAGCACAAUACUAUACUUGCCUACUCAGAAGUAAGGGCCAUUAACGUCAAUGAGACUUCCUCCAAGGUACGCGUGAGUAGGAUUUUCUCUUCACUUUUAGUAAUAGUAGAAUUUGGAUUUUUUAAGCCAACAAUACAAAAAUAUAAUAUUAAAAACAGUUAAAGCAAUUUACAAUCAGAAGAAUAGGGUGUAUCCAUAUAUAUACCCCAGGUUUCAAAGGCAAAUGCAAAGAAAUGUGCCUUCAUCAUAUGAUGAAAGAUAUACAAUGAAAGUGCUGGACACACUUGUGGAGAGAAAACUCCACUGCUUAGGAGCUGGCCAUGGAGAAUGCCCUCUCCAUGCUGCCCAAGGGCAGUAGAACAACCGGAAGAGCCCCCUUUGUUGAUCUUACCACUGAGAGGGUCUGUAGGGAAGGAGGCAGAUAUUUAAGGCCUCUGUCCUUUGGGGCUUAAUCUCCCUGAUGGCAUUUUAUGCAGCUCACCUUUCAUCUCUUGGAAGUGUGUGGCUGAGAUGCAGCUAAAAGUAAGCACUAGAAUUCUGAAUCCAAAUGGUUAUUAAAGGUCUAAGCCAAGCCACGAAGACUAAACUCUGAUGCUUGGAGGGCAGAAAGCAUUAAAUUUGGGCAUCUAAACAUAGUGGUAUCGAUGCAUUCUUCUGAGGCCAUUUUCUGACAUUAAUUAAAUGGAUUCACUAGUGCCGGUUUUAUUAGAGAGGAAGAUGAGUGAGCUCGUUUGAGCGCAAUAUGAAGUGACUUGAAUCUUUGCCCAGAAUGCUAAUGGAAGCUUUUUGAAAUCAGAAAAGUAGAUAAUAACAUUUUAUUUAAUUAAUACAUAUUUUUUUCUUUCCUCUUUCCUCCUUGCCCUUCUGUACUUGAAGAUGUGGGAGAAUAUUAAAAUCAAGGCUGGCUCGAAACAUUUGCAACUUGACUCAGGGUGACUUUAAAAGCAUACUUUAGAUCCAGUUGCAUGCCUGGAGAUAGCUUUAUGUGGCUGUGAUUGCUUCAUCGUUUGAAAUAGACAACUUCCAGAAAUUCCCAGUCUCAGCAAGUUACAUUUGGGAACUUUUGAUGUAGAUAACAGAUGAUACGCCAUUCCAGAUGAAUGGGUCAGGGAAACUUUUCGAGCCUGGGGGUCAUGUUCCCUUGUGGGCAACCCUCCAACAGAGGUUAAGGAGAGAGGAAAGAAGUGGGAAGAGCAUGGAUGUGACUCUUCCAGAAAGAUACAUUUUAGCUUGCAAAGUCAGGGGGUUCUAUACAGACAGUCAGACAUAUACAGUCGUACCUCGGAAGUCAAAAAGAAUCUGUUCUGGAAGUUCCAAAAUGUUUGGAAACCAAUGCGCGGCUUCCGAUUGGAAGCCAAUUGGAACCCGUGGAACCCACGUUGAACAUUCGGGUUCCAAAGAACGUUUGCAAACCGGAACACUCUCUUCCGGGAUUGCGGCGCUUGGGAGACGAAAUGUUCGAGUCACAAGGCAUUCAGCUUCUGAGGUACGACUAUAGACUUCUCGAUCCAGGCAAGGAAAAGGCCUCACAAUCCAAGUACCCAUUCCAGCAAGGCAAAAGGACUCAAGGAAGACACAGAGCAGGGCCAAUGAGGAGUGUGGCUUGGAGAGAAAAGGAAGCAACAUCAUAGGAGGAGUCUAAGGUGAAGCUGUGCAGCUUCCUUGUUAUUUUUGCCAGUGGAUGCUGCAUGUUGUUUGGGUAAUCUUGUUACUUGCAUAGUAUUGAAAUGUGGUUUGUUGUUGUUGUUUUGCCAUACUAUUAUAAAAUGGUCACUAUGUUGUUGUUUUACUAUGUUAUUAUGAAAUUGUUUUUGCAGUGUUUGUUUGAAACACAUGCCUGUCUUUCUCUAGUAAGCUGUUUUGAGAAUGAUUUUUUUUUUUUUUUGCAAAAAAGUGGCAUACAAAUAUAAUGUAAAGAAAAAAGAAAGCAAAGGAAAAAUAUGUGGCCUGGAAGAAAGGCAUGUCACUUGGGAACAGUUCAGAGAAAUGGAUAAUGAGGAGGGGCUUACAGCAAUUUUGAUAUACAGUGGUACCUCGGGUUACAGACACUUCAGGUUACAGACUCCGCUAACCCAGAAAUAGUACCUCGGGUUAAGAACUUUGCUUCAGGAUAAGAACAGAAAUCGUGCGGUGGCAGCGCAGCAGCAGCAGGAGGCCCCAUAAGCUAAAGUGGUGCCUCAGGUUAAGAACAGUUUCAGGAUAAGAAUGGACCUCCAGAACGAAUUAAGUUCUUAACCUGAGGUACCACUGUAGCUGGAUUUAAAAUGGCCGGCCCACAUUGCUGCUCCUCAUUUGAAUCUACUUUUUAAACAGAAAGGGGUGGUGUGGGUAUGGGGCAGGCUUAAGCACAUUGUGCCGACGCACGAUGACCCAGAACGCAUCCCCCAUGCAAUAUAUAUACUGAAGGGGAGAACAAUCAAUGAGCUGGAAGGAAAGGACACAAAAAACAUGUUUAAUAGUAAAUCUCCGUGUGUGGCUUGCAGCAUUUUUGAGAUCAGUUUUGUUUUGUUAUCCAACCUAACAAUGUUUCUCUGUUUGUUCUUUAGCUGCACUGGUUACUAAUUGCACGAGUGUUUUGCAAAUACUUUAAUGGCUUUAGUAGAUUAAAUCUUUGGUAAUGUCUCUGCCUGCAAAUAAAACUCAGUCGUUUGCAGUGCUGGAUAUUAUGCUGUUCAUUUCUAACUGCUGCACUGAGAAGUGGGAUUACAACAGUUUAGGAAGCUGCAGAAAAGUCAGGCAAAUUUUAGAAUUUUACUAAAGCAAAAUAGUAAGUGAAGAGUAUUCUCAGGAGCAAAGAGUUCAAAUUCCUGUGUGAAAGGAAACUUUCCUCAGAAAGGAAACUGCAGAACAAGGCCAUUAUUUUAAAUCCCACAUUAUUAAAAUAUUUCUUUUAGGAAUUGGAUUGCUUUGUAUAAAAAAAGCCUUCCAAUUUCACACACCGUGAGCAGUCCAUCUUAGUAAGCCUGAACCUUCUUCCAAGCCCCCUGCCUUUUUCUUUUGCAAGCUCCUCACUUCCUAAUUUUUUCCUCCAACUCCUUUUUCAACAGCCCACGUAACACCCCAUCGUACAGCUGGGAUUUGGCUCCUGUAUGUGCUUCUAUGAAGGAGGCAGAUAUGGUAUGUGACUAGAUGCCAUACUGCAAUGUCCCACUACUCACUACUGGACAGAGGAUCACAACCGCCUUGUACUCAAACAGGAAGAGGAUUUCCUGCCACCUGCAUGUGGAGCUUUACUUUGGGAGGGUCACAUUCCUUCCAACCACUAGGUAAUGCUACCGAGUGUAGCUUCUAUUGACUUUUAAAAAAAAAAUCUUAGUACUGUACACCAACUAAAAUUAUCUCCAGCUUGCUCUUAUGAAAACCACCACCAUGUUUCCUUUUUACUUCUGUUCUUUACCUAACAAAAAACCUUUGUGUUUUCUUAAGGCUAGAAAUAGAUCUGAGUAACAUCUGGAUUAUAUAUUUUCAAAAAUGUUGUGUGCCUAAACCAGUUACUUUGUGCGUCUUUCUCCUGCUGAUCCCAAGUGCAGCCUGAAGCCUGCACAGCACCCAGUGUAGCCUAAUACAAUAGUCUGCUACCUCCUCUUAUACAGUUGUACCUUGGUUCUCGAACGGACUCCAUUCCAGAAGUCCGCUUGACUUCCAAAAACAUUCAAAAACCAAGGUGCUGCUUCCGAUUGGCUGCAGGAGCUUCCUGCACUCAAUUGGAAGCCGUGGAAGUCGGAUGUUUGGCUUCCAAAAAACGUUUGCAAACCGAAACACUCACUUCCGGGUUUGCGGCAUUCGGGAGCCAAAACGUUCGAGUCACAAGGUACAACUGUAUACCAUUUUAAGACUGUGUCUGUGAACACACCAUACAUUUAAAGCACCUUGUAGCUCUGUGAUGGGUAAACUACAGUUCUCAUGAUACUUUUUUUGGGGGGGAGGGAAUAUGCAGUCUGUGACUAUAGGCAGACUUUUGACCUCUUUGCGCAUUAAUCAUGUGAAGGGGCAUCGUGUGACUACAGGGAGUGGGGCUGUGCUGCUGCCCCCACCCCAGACAUCCAUGCAUUGACAGGUUAAUAUUGCGAUACAUAUUUCUAUAUCUCAUUUCAUUACGGUACUUUGCAGCCUUAACAAAGCCUAUGAAAAAUAAAGUGCGAGAUUGGCUCCAUUAUUAUCAAAUAAUGGAGGCAUAUGAUUUGGACAAAAAAGUUGGUUUCCAGGUGGAAAAAUCAAAAUUGGAAACAGAAUUGUUAGACUCCAAAAUCAAGAAUUUGUCUAAAAUGUAUAACUUGCUGUUGAAAUGGAACACUCAGGAUGAAACGGUGAAAUCAGCUAUGAUUAAAUGGGCACAAGAUGUCGGACAUAAUAUAAUGAUGGCUGACUGGGAACAGUUAUGGACCACAGGUAUGAAGUUUACGGCAUGUAAUGCCUUAAGAGAGAAUAUUAUGAAAAUGAUAUACAGGUGGUACAUGACACCAGUCAAGCUUGCAAAAAUAUAUCACUUGCCCAAUAAUAAAUGUCGGAAAUGUAAAGAGACUGAAGGUACAUUUUUUCACCUUUGGUGGACGUGCCCAAGGAUUAAGACAUUCUGGGAGAUGAUUUAUAAUGAAAUGAAAAAGGUAUUUAAAUAUACCUUCCUGAAGAAACCAGAGGCCUUUCUCCUGGGCAUGGUCGGCCAAUUGGUGCCAAAAAAGGAUAGAAUUUUCUUUAUGUAUGCCACAACAGCAGCAAGAAUACUCAUUGCGAACUAUUGGAAGACACAAGAUCUACCCACCCGGGAAGAAUGGCAGAUGAAGGUGAUGGACUACAUGGAACUGGCGGAAAUGACUGGCAGAAUCCGAGACCAGGGAGAAGAGUUGGUGGAAGAAGAUUGGAAGAAAUUUAAAGUUUAUUUACAGAAACAUUGUAAAAUUAAGGAAUGUUAGAAGGAUGUUGGAAUGAAGUAAUGUGGUUUUAGCAGAAAUGCUAUAAAGGAUUAAGAAAAAACAGACUGUUAAAUGGUGAAAGGAGGGAAAGUAAAGUUACAUUAUAUUAAGAUAAAAUAGAGGACAAAAACUGGAAAAGAUGGAAAGGACUUGCUGAAAUACCUAAUUGAACAAGAAUACAAAAAAGGGAGGUGUGAGGAGGUCAAGGAAACAAGCAAAUGAAAGAUAAGUUAUGGGAAGAUUCAUUGUAUUUUCUUUUUCUUUUCUUUUUUUCUUUUUUCUUUUUUUUCUUUAUUGUGAUGUGAUGUUCUGUUUUUGCUUAAUAUGCUGUUUUCUAUUUUUUCUUUUUGUAACCUUUCAAAUCUUAAUAAAUAUUAUUUUUUUAAAAAAACAAAGCCUAUUCUCACAGCAGCUCUGGGAGGAAGGAUAAAACAAAGACAAUCAAGAGCAUGCCUAAGGGGGGGGGGAUUUGAACCCAGGAUUUGAACCCACAUCAGCACUCAAUACACUAAUCAAAUAACCCCCCCAGGCUUUACUUGGACAUAUUAUUUUAUUUAUGACACAGGUUUUUUAAAAAGUUUGGACACUAAAUGAAAUGCCACUUUGAAGGAUUCUAUGGCUUUCUUUUUUUUUAAAAAAGUUCACUUUGAUACUUACUUUUAAAGAAAAAAUUACUUAACAUUAUUCACAUUGUUUAAAGCUGUGACUGUUCAUUCCGUAGAACAAUACAUCCCCAUUGUGUGAGAUACAGUUGCUCUAGAUAAUAAUACAUCUGAUCAUUAUUUCAGCCUAUAAAAUAAUAUUUAUUAUAAAGCGUCACUUCUACCCACCUGUCCUUUUCUUAAAUGCCAGCAUGACAUGGGGAGGAAUGAGUCAGCAUUGUCUUGGUUAAUGCUGUCUCGAGAUUUUCUUUCUUUCUUUUACAAGAGCUUAUGAGCUUCCAAAGGCUUUAAUUAAAUAUGGCACGGCAGCAGAUGUAAAAGGGAAAACACACACGCCCUUCCCCACCAUGAAGUCCCCGAGAGAGCUUAAUAGGACUUCGGGGGGACUAAUAUUCUAAAACUAGACAAGUUUCUGAUGUUAAACCCUUCAUACAAAUGAACAAUUUUGGUCUUGAAGUUGGCUUUCAUUUUGCCUUAUAUUCAUUCUCUGGUGUUAAGCUGAGAGGGUUAGACGUUUUUGCCUGCUAUCAUGAUUUUUUCACGAGUCUAACAUGAAACCAAAGUAAUGAGAAUGUUCCAUUGGUGCAAGGAUUUCCACUUGCACAAUGGAACAUUCUCCCCCUGGGCUCCACCUAAAUCCCUUUGUGGAGUUCCCCCAAGCCUCUGGAGCAGAUUUGGUGCGAGUGUGGGGUGCAUAUGGGGAAAGGGGAGUCCUGCUGGGCAAGUAAAAAUCUCUGCACUGAUGGGACACAUUACUAGAAUACCAUCCAUUAUCAUUUUUCCUCAAUGGUUUUUUUUUAAAAAUAAAAAAUAUGGAUGAUGAUUUGGCACACACACAAACCUCACAUGUGCCAAUGCAGUUCAGAUUUCUAGUACACCCUGAUAUGAUCAUGGUUAAAAGAAAUGUCCAGGAAUGUCCAGGAAUAGGUCUCCAAUAUGUACUGUGAAGGAUUCUUCUGGUCAGACUUAGAAGAUUUGGGUGCAAACACCAAAUAGAUAUCACCCACCUUCAAAAAGUAUAUGUAUUACCAGCCUUUUCUACUCCCCCCAAAAUGGAAUUUCUUUUUGCAGCUGUGGAAUCUUUUUUUUUUUUUAAAAAAAAGAUUAAUAAAGUGCAAUCACUGUAUAUGGCACUUUACAUAGCAACAAAAGCCAAAAUAGUGUGUUCUUGCCAGAAAGACUUUACAUUCAAGAUUUCAAGAGAGGGAGAACAAAUAACACAUAGAGCAGAAUUAUACCAAGAUUUAAUAUUUAUUUCAUAUGCCACUUUUCUAUUGAAAUAAUAUUCAUAGCAACAUACAAGAACAGAGAGGUGGGGAAGGUGAGGGCAAGAAAACAGUCAACAAAGAGGUGGAAUGGGAGAUGGAAAGUUUUGAACAAAGUGUUUGAGAGAUUAAGGGUGGAUCUAAACACAGCAAAAAAGGGCUAUAAAUAAGUCAGAAAUUAAAUUAUUAUAACAAAAGAGGGAAAAUGCUAUGGGAAAUCACUUGGGAAUUUUAUUUUUGCUCUCUGGAGCCACCUGGUGUUGCAUGUUUACAAAGCAUUCAAAAUGCUGUUUCUUGACUAAUGUAGCUGAGUCUUAAGUCAAAUGUUUCAUGGGAAAGCAGUCUUUUGAGGAAUAAGCAACAAAGAUAUGCCAGAGGUGGCCCUCCAGGUAUUGCUGGUCUACAAGCCCAGACCAUUGUUCAUACUGGCUGGGGAUUAUGGAGAUUUGAAUCUAACAGCAUUGGAAGGCCACAGAUUUCCCACAACUGAUGUAGGUGUUGUGGGGAGGAGGGUCCAGUUAUGGAGGCUCUUUCAAGUGCUUACAUCAAGACUAGCACAAUAUGUCAACCCUCAGCAACCUUCUAAUUAUCUCCACAGCUUCCUCCUCCAACUUUCCUUCUGUAUGGCCUCUCGGGUCAUACUGAAGGCCACAAAGAUUCUGUGAGCAAGAGGUGAAUAGGCCUCUUCCUUUUGGCAGCGAGUCCGGGUGAGAACAUCACCACAAUAUGAUAAGUGGCUUUUGUAAUUGAAGAAAUGGAGAAGCGAGUCAUUAUAGCUUUGCCUUUCUUUCCUCUAGGCAGGCUGCUAGAAGUUGAUGUACUAACAAAUUGGUCCAAGAGCUCAUAAAACAAAAGGAGGCAUUAUGAUGUCAUGGGGCAAGUUCUGAGGAGAGAGAAAAGGGAAACAGCGGUAAACAGAAGCUCGGCCAGUGAAUCAUAAAACCCCAGAGUAGUUUUAGAGCAGGAACAAAUGACUCAUGUGGGUUACAAGCCACAAUUUUGCAUGGAAAAGUUCCAAUAAUGCUGCCCUCUUUCAGAAAUCAUCUUCUGUCCUUUUCUUCUCUUCAGCUCUGUGAAACCUUGGCGCCUCUCACCAUCCCAGGAGACGAGCGAAUCCUCUUUGACGACUGCUCUCCAAGUAACUAUAGCUCCUUCAGAAAGGGAUUGGAUCUAUUGGUUCUCACCUGCUGCUUUCUAAAGCAGUCAUUAGUAAUACACACAGGGGAAAUCUGGUUCUACUGCUCAGGCUGAAUUCUAUCACCCUUCUGCUUGAGAAAUAAUUUCUUAGUAGGGUAAAUCAUCUGAAGAUAUAAUCUGUGGAUGUAUCCUGGCGUUUUAGCAGGUCUAGUCAUGACACUGGACAGGUUGGAGGAAAUGCCUCAAGAACUAAUCCUUUGGACUCUGGAUGUUCAGCAUCUGCUGGAGAGCAAAGGCAGCCUCACUGAUACUGUACCAGCAGCCCUUAAUAUCCCAGAAGCUUUGGCAUUAUUAUCUGAUGCCCAACUUUUUAAAAGUUUAGGGAAGUUUUUAAUGUUUGAUGUUUUAUCGUAUUUUUAGUAUUUUGUGGGAAGCCACACUGAGUGUCUGGGGAAGCCCAGCCUGUUGGGCGGGGUAUGAAUGAAUGAAUAAACAAAUAUAAAAGAAAAGUUAAAAUUCUUUAUUUGUGUGUGUGUUUUUUUUUUUUAAUUAAAAAAACAAUUUAAUUUUAAGCCAAAUUGGAGGGAUUCAUAUCGUGAAUAGGUUAAAAUCCUCUUGUAUCUCGUCCUAGAUCCUUAUGGUGAAGGGCAGGUAAGAAGCAUAAUAAAUAAGACUGGAUUUUUUCUUAUUUAAUUACUGGCCACAGAGAAAAUCUAAGCAGUAGCACUGAGGUUAUGUGAUAAUCAUUAAUAUAUAUAUUGAUUUAUACAGUCUUACCUUGGGUUACAGACGCUUCAGGUUGCGUUUUUUUGGGUUACGGACCCGCCGAAACCUGGAAGUACCGGAACGGGUUACUUCCGGGUUUCAGUGGUCGCACAUGCGCAGAAGCGCUAAAUCGCGCUUUGCACAUGUGCAGAAGCACUGAAUCGCAACCCGCGCAUGUGCAGACGCAGCGCUGUGGGUUGCGAAUGCUGUGGGUUGUGAACGAGCCUCCCACACGGAUCAUGUUCGCAACCUUAGCGUCCACUGCAUACCACUCACAUGCCAAAAAAGACAUGGGUGUUGUAACCAUAUAGGAGAAAUAUUUAUCAUUAUUUUGUGAUGGAAACCCUUUCCUGUAAUAAGCAUUUACAGUGAAAUGAUGCCAAAGCAGAAAGAGCUAACCAAAGUGUUUAAUCAAUGUUUGUAUUUAUUCUUGAUUUAUUAAUUAAAUAUUUAUACUGCUUAAUAUAAUAAUAAUAAACGCUUUAAGCAGUUUACACAGAAAAUAAUAAAAGUGCAAGCAUUAAUGUUCAAUCAAAUUCCUAAACAAGUAAAAUACCUGUUUAAGUAAAAACAGAACAAAACUAUAUAUCAUAGUGAAAAGUGUAAGACUUUUCACCUUCAAAAAACCUUUUUGCUGCUCUCUGUCAAAAUUAACAGCAGGAAAAUAUAACAGAUAACAUAUUAAUCUGGGAAUAAACAACAAAUCCACCCCCCCCUUUUAUUUCUGAUUAGUCACAUUCCUUUCCUUGUGUUUCCAAUAUAGUUCCUCUAUUAUCCACCCCCUUUCCCCAACUUUGGGUGGGAAGACCAUGUGAUUUAUGCCUCCGUCAUUCUGUGCCUUGCCAUCCAAGCAUAUGCUUCAUGGUAUCUGAUAAGCUUUGAAAGCCAUUGCCAUUUCUAACCCUCCAGUGCCUUGAUUGCUGAUGCUGCAAUUACCUAUCAGAUGACUCUGCAAUAUCAGUGGCACACAGGGAGAGCAUGCAGUAAUGUGCCACCACAGGUGAGGGACAAGAGCUGAUUUUUCCAGACGUCAGCCUGAUCAAAGAAAUUCUCUGCCUAGGGCCUCAUUUGGGGACAGUUGAUAAUGCAGAGCUGCUUCCCUAUGGAUAUGUGAGCCUUGCUAAAAAAAGAAUUUUACAUACAGAAUUUUUGCUUCUUUCCUUCCCCACAGAACCACUCAGUUCCAGUCCUAUUCUGAGUUUUCUUUUGUCAUUCUAGCAUGCAUAAUAUAGUGAACUCAGAUAUGAAGAUUGCUACUGUAUGGACAAUGUGUCCUUGUCAGUAAGGUUGAGGAGAAAUGUCUAUUGUCAAUUAAAACAAUUAACAUGAGAUUGGACUUGCCGCUUGUCCAUUGCUCACAGAGUUAUUUGAAAUGUAUACAUACCCACAGGGGCGCGGGUGGUGCUGUGGUCUAAAUCACAGAGCCUAGGGCUUGCCGAUGAGAAGGUUGGCGGUUCGAAUCCCCGCAACGGGGUGAGCUCCUGUUGCUCAGUCCCUGCUCUUGCCAACCUAGCAGUUCGAAAGCACAUCAAAGUGCAAGUAGAUAAAUAGGAACCGCUCCAGUGGGAACGUAAACGGCGUUUCUGUGCGCUGCUCUGGUUUUCCAGAAGCGGCUUGGUCAUGCUGGCCACAUGACCCGGAAGCUAUACGCCAGCUCCCUUGGCCACUAAAGCGAGAUGAGCGCUGCAACCCCAGAGUCAUCCGUGACUGGACCUAAUGGUCAGGGGUCCCUUUACCUUUAUACAUACCCAGACUGUUGCAUUACUGAUUUAGUUCACUGCCAUUCUGAAUAUGGUUGUUGAGUUGCAUUGAGUUGGAAGUUUGUGCAGAAAAGUAAACUUUGCUGAAGGAAAGCUACCAUCAUUAUCAGUCGUCUUUUUUGGCACAGUGAUAACUUUUUGGGAAACAGAGAAGGGCCUCUCCUAGACAAAAUGACAUACAGUAUAAAGAGACAGAGUGGCUCGUUUUUUUCUCCCACCAGCCUCCUACAUGGUCAUACCAGGAUCCCAAAGCCACUUGCCCUGCCACAAUUUUUCCCAGAAACGCAUUUCAGGUGCCAGGUUCUUUUUUUAAAAAAAUAAUUUUUAUUAACAGACCAAUCAAAUCAAAUCAAAUCACAUAAAUUCCGAAUUACAGAGCCUAAAUUUUAAUUUUUGUUGGGGGUACCCAUAUUUCAAGUUCCGAAAGGGAUCCAAUCCUCUUGUUGCUGCUGCUUUAAAAGUCCACAAAUCUGUCCAAAUAAUGUUCACCAUUCUGUCCAAUCCUUUCUUGCUGUUUUCCACAUCUCUUCUAGUUGUUUUCACAUAUUUUUCCUUUCUCUUUGUCUUUGUGGCCUCUGAUAGUCUCCAUAAGCGGGUUGAAACAAAUUUGUAUUCCUGUGUGGAUUUUUCCGUUCGUCCAAGGGUCAUAUUUGAGACAGCAAAGAAAAACAUUCUUGCUGUCUACUCUUAACUUUUCACAGGUCUGUCCUGCUCCAGAGUUUUUUCCUGCUCCAGAGGGUACGAUCCAAACCAAUGGCUUAAAAGAAAGGAGAUUCUAACUAAACAGCUGGAAGAGCUUUCUGACAGUAAGAGCUGUUUGACAGUGGAGGGUGGUGUGGUGGACUCUCCUUCCUUGGAGGCUUUUAAGCAGAGGUUGGAUGGCCAUCUGUCAUGGAUGCUUUAGUUGAGAUUCCUGCAUUGCAGGGGGUUGGAAUACAUGAACCUGAAGGUCCCUUUCAACUUAAAAAUUCUAUGAUCCCCAUCAUUAUAAAUCAUGUGUAGAAUUUUAAUGAUUCAGAUUGUGCAUGAUUUGGGGUAGGUGGCCAGAAGAAGAUCACCUGGCUUGGCCAGGAAGUUCUCCACCAGGGAACACUAUGAACACCUACCAUUUGCCACCUGAAGACACUUUCAACUCCUUUCUGUAAUUAGUUUAGUGUCGCAGUGUAGAAUCAAAGUGCAGUAUGAGUUUGGUAUGAAUUGCUCUGAAGCUGUGAUUCCAGCUUCUCGAUACAGGUGUGCAGGAACUCUUGCUUUCACCUGCCUUGCCCUUCCUCAGACAGGUGUCAAAUUGUGUUGACUUCUCUCUCUUAAAGAGGCUGUACUCUUCUAGUGGCAGAUUCCAACAUUGUUAGGAGAAGCUAGCUUAAGAAGAAAAAUAAAUAGCUUUGGGAUUGUUAUGAGGGGUGUGUGUGUAAUCUCAUUUGAAAACACCUAGUGCAUGGCCCAAACUUAUAUCACAUUUGAUGGCAAAGCCUCAAGGCAAAAUAAAAGGAAAAGGGAGGCUUUAUGAUAGGAGUGCCUGGCGUGCUCUGGUCCAUGGGGUCACGAAGAGUCGGACACGACUAAACGACUAAACAACAACAACAAAAAUCUAUACUGAAAUCUGAGCAAAUUCUCCCAUGGGCACAGAACACUUUUCCACGUAAUAUUUCAUAUUUUAAAUUGUCAUUAUUCUUACCAGUCAUACUGACUGACUCACAACAGGGCUGUCUUUAUGACUGGCAUGCAUUAUGUAGCAAAAGACAUGGAAAUUGUGGGGGGAAGGGGUCAUUUUAUUCUGGAGAUGCACACUCAGAUACUUUGUUUAGGGUCCAGGGUCUAUAGAUCAAGCUAUGUGCAAAAACAAAGUUCCAUGGGAACCUAGCCUAGUCCAGGCCUCUCCAACAAAUGACAAACCUUUGAAGUGUCCCUCAUUAUUAUGAUUAUGUGAUUUGUCACAUUUCAUGUAUUUGUGCUUUUGGAUUUUUAAAGCCAGAUGAACAAAGAUACAGUACGAUGGUGGGCGGAGUGCCAAGUAAAUGAUAAAUUAUACAAGUCAGAGGUCGGAGGAGUUGGAGUAGCUAUGGACUUGUAAGCAUACAUUGAAGUAGCAGAAGAGGAGGCUUUGACAGAUCGUCAGCUGGAAGAGCAGCUAUCAGUGGGUCAUGCUAAUGCCUCAGCAAAGCUGCGAGAGUUCCUUCUCUGAAGGAACUUUUCAGGAGAAUGAAUAGGCCUUCCUCUUAGGGAAUUCUGGCAUUUCUGGAUGUUUUGUGUCACUACAAACACGCACCAAACAAGAUCCCUUCCAGGUCUUGGAAUCAGUGAAACAAAAUGGUUUUCCAUUAUGAAGUGCACAUUUCUUGGAACUGUGUAAAGGGUUGAUGAUCAAAUGGGGAAUUCUCUUGGCUCACAUGAAAACACCAGCCUUUGGCCCACUGCUUCAGAUUUAUUGUUCUGGGAAGUAGGUCCCUGCAGCGACAUUAAAAGCAAAAGUCUGCAAGAUAGCCUAUUGUCUAAAUAAGUAAUUAUAAUGAAACUCAUUUUUAAUCAAAGGAAGGUCUCAUCCAAACUGUAAAUGAAACUUGGUGAAUUUCAGAAGUUGCUGUUGAGGGCUUAGUAUCCAGAAAACAUGAAUCUGAGCCAAGUGGAACUGGAAAGAUGGUGGUUUUGGUAAUGGUUAUGGUAAUAGUAGAAGAAGAAAUAUUAAGUAUUUGUAUUAAUUUUUGUGUGGGGAUUAAAAUACAUCUCCACAAUUGGCAGUGAUUCUUUAAUUUCAGUGGGGUUCAAUGGGACAAGCCAAAUCUCAGGACUUGGAAUACAGCUUUUGUGACUGUAUUGUAGUUCUCAGGACCAGAUUCUUGUAGAUGAUUACAGAUUUUCCACAUAUGUAAUUUGAAAAUGUUUCCUUGCACUAUGCAGAUAUUUAUUUUCUAUGGGUGAUAGCCAACUAAAUUAUAUGCAGUGUAGACUACUGAAAUCUUAAAUCCAUUAAUUUCAAAUGGUUUACAAGCUGAACAAUUCUUUGAGUGAUAUUUGACCCCUCCCCCUCCCUGUACUCUGUCUAUGCUCUUGAUAAGCCACUGCUUUCAGCUUUCUUCUUAUCUCUUGUUUUUUAUAUGCCUGCCAGCCCUGUCAGAACAGCUGGUUUCUUGAGCUGCUGCUGGUGCUCUGACAAUGCUGUUCUACCCCGACAGUGGCAUCACCAGAAGGUAUUUGUGCUGCGUCUGCAAUGACAGAGCCUGACACUCAGAGCUUGACUUCUUCCGACUGCUUGAAGGGGGUCGCCAGUGAAUGCCUGCCUGGAAGCUCUAGCAUUGCUGCUGCCCACGCUUCGAAGAAAGACAGCGCCUCAGAGGCAAAUGCCGCCUUCCCUGAGAUGAUCAGGUUGGAUGACCUCGCUCAGCGUGACCUUUGCACGGGACAGACUUUGUCCAUGCCGGUUUGUGAGUUUACCCUCAAAUCACAGGGACUGUGCUAG